AUGGUAUGUCGAGCAGCAAUGGGGGAAAGGUUGGAACCAUCGAUGACAAACAGCAGGAAAUCAACUCUUUGGGGGGAGAGGAAAUGCAAUAAAUCUGAUGCAAUUUGGCACGGAUUUGUUAAAAAUCUGGAAAACAAAUAUUAUUUGGCAAAACAACGGAAAAAAAGUUGGUGAACUUUGAGGUCUCAAAUUUCAGCGGCUCCCUCCUCACAUCUUGUGUGCCAUUCUAAAUAAUAGUGGCGGGUUUUGCACCCAGUGCGGCCAAACUGGUUCCACUCCCUAAAAUCUGCCUCUCCACAAAACAAGCCAUGGCUGUGGUCCAUAGGCCACAGUUUGGGAACCCCUGAUCGAGACAGAACUUCUGUGUUCAUAAAACUACCUCUGGCUACUGGAUCCCGGGGCCAGGGAACGACUGUGUGUGUGUGUGUGUUCUCUUCCCAGAGGGAUCUAGUUGCCCAAUGUGAGCAAAGAACAGGGAGACGUUGAGUUCGGUAAACAACGGAACACAAACCUACCAAAUCGAAAAUUAAUGCGCAAAUUAAAAAUAUCAAGAACCUCAGAUAUGCUGAUGACACAACCUUGAUGGCAGAAAGUGAGGAGGAAUUGAAGAACCUUUUAAUGAGGGUGAAAGAGGAGAGCGCAAAAUAUGGUCAGCAUCAAAAAAACGAAGAUCAUGGCUGCUGGUCCCAUCACCUCCUGGCAAAUAGAAGGGGAAGAAAUGGAGGCAGUGAGAGAUUUUACUUUCUUGGGCUCCACUGCAGAUGGUGACAGCAGUCACGAAAUUAAAUGACGCCUGCUUCUUGGGAGAAAAGCAGUGACAAACCUAGACAGCAUCAUAAAAAGCAGAGAUACCACCUUGCCAACAAAGGUCCGAAUAGUUAAAGCUAUGGUUUUCCCAGUAGUGAUGUAUGGAAGUGAGAGCUGGACCAUAAAGAAGGCUGAUUGCCGAAGAAUGGAUGCUUUUGAAUUCUGGUGCUGGAAGAGACUCUUGAGAGUCCCAUGGACUGCAAGAAGAUCAAACCUCUCCAUUCUGAAGGAAAUCAGCCCUGAGUGCUCACGGGAAGGACAGAUCCUGAAGCUGAGGCGCCACCUCAUGAGAAGAGAAGACUCCCUGGAAAAGACCCUGAUGUUGGGAAAGAUGGAGGGCACAAGGAGAAGGGGACGGCAGAGGACAAGAUUGUGGGACAGUGUUCUUGAAGCUACCAGCAUGAGUUUGACCAAAGCGCGGGAGGCAGUGGAAGAUAGGAGUGCCUGGCGUGUUCUGGUCCAGGGGGUCGCGAAGAGUCGGACACGACUAAACGACUCAACAACAAAAAAGUGCCAUCUGGCUAGCUCCGUUGGUUGGAGCAUAGUGCUGCUGGUAACAUAAAGGUUGCAGGUUCGAUUCCCAUAUGGGCAUUGCUGUAUAUUCUUGCAUUCUGGCCCAACUCUACAAUUCUUUGAUUCAAAACUUGGAUUCCUCCCCGUUUUGCAGCACUGAUCCCACGACCAAAUUACUUCUGCGACCGAAUAACACAUAAAAAGGGUGCUCACAAUGUAUCUAGUGCAACGCUCUAUUUCAAGAUAGUUGUCGUAUUUCAAGGUGUAUACACAAAGUAUCAAAUGUGGUGACAGUAAUAAUAAUGCAACAAAACGACAACACCACAAACUGGCUUUUAAGUAUAAAACCAAAUUUACUAGAAUAGUAGCUAGAAUAGAGAUAGACUUGUAACCAUUCAAGCAACAAAGGUGGCAUUGGCAAAGCAAAGCCUGGAGAUACUGUAAACAUGGAGUGGAUAACAUGUACAAUUGUAUCUUAACAAGGUACACGUGCAAUAAAUGCUAUACAGACUGGAUAAAUGAACCGUUCAACAAGUAGCGUACGUCCAAUCACAGAACGGCAACCCCAGCAAUGGCAAGGGUAGCAGACUGGAGAAUGUGAAAAAGUUUCUCAAAGCUGUUUUUCAAAGAUUGAACUGGAUGAGAUGUUCUUCAAUGGGUCUUGAGUUGGAAACACAAAUUCGUAUGCAUGGAUCAAUCACAGGAUGGCAAAUCAAAGCCACCCCCCUGGUGAGAAUAACGCAAGUGGGCAAAAGGAGACCUGUUCAAGUGGAGCUGUGGGUUCCACAGAGCCUAGGACUUGCCAAUCAAAGGUCGGCGGCUCGAAUCCCCGCGACGGGGUGAGCUCCCGUUGCUCGGUCCCUGCUCCUGCCAACCUAGCAGUUCGAAAGCACAUCAAAGUGCAAGUAGAUAAAUAGGUACCACUCCAGCGGGAAGGUAAACGGCGUUUCCAUGCGCUGCUCUGGUUCGCCAGAAGCGGCUUAGUCCUGCUGGCCACAUGACCCGGAAGCUGUAUGCCGGCUCCCUCGGCCAAUAAAGCGAGAUGAGCGCCGCAACCCCAGAGUCGUCCGCGACUGGACCUAAUGGUCAGAGGUCCUUUUACCUUUACCUUUUACCUCUCCGGAUAUAUUACAGGUUUCACUACAUGCUUCAUCAGUCAAUGGAUUACUGAACGGUUUAGUUCAUGUAAAAUAUGAAGAGAUGGAUGGUACGCAGAAUGAACUGUGGAAGGAGAAGAAGGGAAGUCAAUUGAUUUAAGCUUGUUUGGAUGAAUAUUUUGAAAUGUAAAUUAGAAAAUAAUAAUAAUAAUAAAUAUUUAAAAAGAAAGAAAGUUAGGAACACAAAGCUGCCUUUUUUAAAAAUUUUGGCAGCGUCACUUCCUGGGCCUGUCUACACACUGACUGAGUCUCUCCCAGACCUACCUGGCAAUUGUGGAGACUGGAUCUGAGACCAUUCAGUGAUGGCCGUUUGUUUGCGUGUUUUAGAUGAUGGACAGGAGAGUCUUAAUGUGUCCACAAGCAGUAGUUCUUGGCAACAGAUUGCGGGGAAGGGUUUAGAAUUCCCUCCUGCGGUGCUCCAGAUUGUCUCUUUGGCCUUUGCCGAAGCCUUCCCUCUUCCAAGCUAGCUUCUGCAAAAAAAUCUUCAUCCUAUUUGACGCAUCUCUUGGAUUUGAAUUGAUUUGAUGUACGUGCCGCCAGCAUCUUAAAAAGCAGAGACAUCACCUUGCCAACAAAGGUCCGUAUAGUAAAAGCUAUGGUUUUCCCAGUAGUGAUGUAUGGAAGUGAGAGCUGGACCAUAAAGAAGGCUGGUCGCCGAAGAAUGGAUGCUUUUGAAUUCUGGUGCUGGAGGAGACUCUUGAGAGUCCCAUGGACUGCAAGAAGAUCAAACCUCUCCAUUCUGAAGGAAAUCAGCCCUGAGUGCUCACUGGAAGGACAGAUCCUGAAGCUGAGGUUCCAAGACUUUGGCUACCUCAGGAGAAGAGAAGACUCCCUGGAAAAGACCCUGAUGUUGCGAAAGAUGGAGGGCACAAGGAGAAGGGGACGACAGAGGACGAGAUGGUGGGACAGUGUUCUCGAAGCUACCAGCAUGAGUUUGACCAAACUGCGGGAGGCAGUGGAAGACAGGAGUGCCUGGCGUGCUCUGGUCCAGGGGGUCACGAAGAGGCGGACACGACUAAAUGACUAAACAACAACAACGUGCCGCUGCUGUUGUCAAAACACCGGACCUUCCAGGGUCCACUUUUGAGACUCGAGUAUAAAUCCUGGGAUUACUGAGCCUCUUAAAAAAUAUAUUAAAAAGGCCACCUGUGUUUUAUCCAUUGGGAUUGUGCAGAAGGAACUUGGCAGAUGCUCAGAGACACUAUAAGGUUACCAGACGUCCCUGUUUCCCGGGAACAGUCCCCAGAUUUACAAAUCAGUCCCCAUACAAAAUCUAUUGAAGUUGAAAAGUGUCCCCGGAUUCAUUGAAAAAAAUCUGGUAACCUUACACUAUGUGAUUCUUAUUAUUCCAACAACGUUCAGGGCGCAGCCUCAAGUGCCAAGAAGAAAUCCUAGGCAACGGAGCCCCCUUAAAAACCCCACUUGCUCUCUAGGUUUCCAGUUACUGUCUAAGAGCCAAUGUGGUGUAGUGGUUCAGAGCGGUGGACUCGUAAUCUGGUGAACUGGGUUCGCUUCCCCGCUCCUCCACCUGCAGCUGCUGGGUGACCUUGGGCCAGUCACACUUCUCUGAAGUCUCUCAGCCCCACUCACCUCACAGAGUGUUUGUUGUGGGGGAGGAAGGGAAAGGAGAAUGUUAGCCGCUUUGAGACUCCUUCGGGUAGUGAUAAAGCCGGAUAUCAAAUCCAAACUCUUCUUCUUCUCUUCUCUCUCUGCCUGAUCGACCUCACAGGGUUGUUGUGAGGCUGAAAUCGGAGAUCAACAGAUGAAGUGCGGCCUAUAAAUUUAACAUAAAUUUUAAAAAUUAAAAAACAAAUGCCACCUUGAGCUUCUUUGGGGGAACCUGGGAUGUGAAUAAUUAAAACUAAAAAUUCUUAAUUCCACACCUUCUGGCCUUAAGGUGUCAAGAAAAAUCUGUUCAAAUUUACCAUUUCUACUUUUAGUUAAGCAUUUUUAUUUAUUUACUUGACGGGAGGGCAGCUGCCCCCACUGGCCACUCCCAUGCUUGAGCCUCUCUUAAACAGCCCCCCCUCAAAGCCAACCCUCUCUUUUAUCCAUGAGGGAGGGUGAAAGGCACUCUGCACGGGCUCAGAGGCCCUGCUUCAUUCUCCACACGUCCCAGGGCCCAAAACUGAGUGCCCAGAAUAAAUCCCAGGAAACCCUUUAAAAAUAAGCAAGCGAACAAACAACAGCAACGCGCACCAUCAUUUUCGCCAUUAGGGCGGGGAGCUCUCUGCACACGCUCAGAGGCCCUGCUUCAUUAUUAUUACUCCACACCUCCCAGGACCCAGAAGAAAUCCUAGGAAACAUUGCCCCUUUAAAAACAAACAACACGUGCGUUUUGGCGCUUGGGGCGGGCCGCGCUCUGCGCGCGCUCAGAGGCACGGCCAGCCAGGCGCCCUCCUCCUCGCGGGGAGAAUCCGACCACAUUUUUAUUUUUAUUUCAUAACAAGCAAGCAAACAAACCAACAACAAGAUGCGCCUGCGUUUUUGCGCUUGGGUCUGGCCGCGCUCUGCACGCGCUCAAAGGCACGGUCAGCCAGGCGCCCUCCCCCUCGCGGGGAGAAUCCGACCACAUUUUUAUUUUUAUUUCAUAACAAGCAAGCAAGCAAACCAACCAACCAACAACAAGGCGCGGGUGCGUUUUUGCGCUUGGGUCUGGCCGCGCUCUGCACGCGCUCAAAGGCACGGUCAGCCAGGCGCCCUCCCCCUCGCGAGGAGAAUCCGACCACAUUUUUAUUUUUAUUUCAUAACAAGCAAGCAAGCAAACCAACCAACCAACAACAAGGCGCGGGUGCGUUUUUGCGCUUGGGUCUGGCCGCGCUCUGUACGCGCUCAAAGGCACGGUCAGCCAGGCGCCCUCCCCCUCGCGGGGAGAAUCCGACCACAUUUUUAUUUUUAUUUAAUAACAAGCAAGCAAACCAACCAACGACAAGGCGCGGGUGCGUUUUUGCGCUUGGGGCUGGCCGCGCUCUGCACACGCUCAGAGGCACGGCUACUCCGGCGCCCUCCCCGGCGCUCUUGAUGAUCCACAGGCUUCGCUCCUCCCUCUCGGCCCCGGAGGAGGGGGAAGCGCAGGCGGGAGGGAGGGAAGGAGGGAAGGCGAAGCGAGAGCGCCUCUGCCCGCCUCCUCGGGGCUCCUCCUUCCUGGGGCCGCCCCGUCUCCCUCCACCCUGACCCGGAGCUCCAGCGAACUCCGGAGCCGACGGAAGGCGCCUCGGAGAAGCGGCGAAGACGCGCGCGCCGGAGCAGCAGGUCUGGACGCGGGCAGGGAAGGGGGCUGGCGGGGGGGGGGGGAGAGACGGAGGGUCCCCCCUCCCCGGGGAAAAGGGGCAGUGCCCAGGCAGCGCGCUCUGGAAGCGACAGCGCCCCAGGGCUGUGCAUCAGCCGGCGUCGGCGCUCCCUCCCCAAUCGCCAGCUGGGCAUCAGCGUUGGCACAGCCCACAAUGCUAGAUCUGAAGCAAGGAUUCGUGGGGGGGGGGGUUUGGGGGGGGUGCGCCGCCGCCGCCGCCGCCGCCCAUCUCUCUUCCAUGGGCACAUCUGGGCAAAGGGGGCACGGCGAUGGGCGCAGCAGACCCGGGCGGGGAAGGUUGUCAGAAGUGAGUCAGGACGAGGAGGAGGGUGGCUUUUGGGGCAGGGGGUAUCGCGCCUGGGGGAGGAGCGCCCGGGGGCAUGGGAGCCAACCUCAAGGCGCCGAGGUCCCUUGGCUCCCCCAGGAAAAUAUUUGAGAGGGGUGGGCUCAACAAAGUCGAUGGGCAUUGGCAUUCAGAUGGUGGGCAGGCGCCAUGUCUUGUGAUUAUGCGGGGCACGGCUUACCUGGGCAAACAUACACCCCACCCCACCCCGAUAUUUUAUUCAAGUUGGCACCCCUGCCAGGGGGUGUCUCUUGGCUGGUGGGCAACACCGGCUCAGUACGAAAGCUGAACUAGGAAGAAGAAGGGGCGCUCGGUUUGGUAGAAAUUGGGUACCACCCGGUAAGGAAGUCGGUGCACCCAGAGGGCAUCCAGACAGAGCGAGCGAAGAGCUGGAAGAGCGACCCCCCCCCCACAAACACUCACAAAGGGCACCAGUGGCAUCAGGUGGGCGCUGGGCCGCUUUGAGGCAAGAGGGCGGCUGUUGGUAGUGAAUGGGCCUUAGUGUUGGGCGGGCACGGUUUAGGACACACUCAGAGAGAGAGAGAAAAGGCCCCAAUCGAGACUGGGAAGGGGCACCUAGAGGCCAUCAGGACCGCCCUCCGCCCUGGGCCAUAACGGCUUGUUCUCUGUGUGGGGAAGUUGGCAGUGCCAGAGCGGUGUGCGGGGAGGGAGGGAGGAAGAAGGCAGGCUGGAUUUUGCUGUUCCAGGAGACACGGCCUUGUGAGCAGUUGGCAGAGAGUCGGUUCGACAGUGCCCAGUUGGCAGGGCAUCUUUUAGGGUGGGCAGGAAGCACCACGGCUCAGCCCUGGGGGCGAGGCCACUGGGCGAAGAGGAGCAGCAGCCCCUAAGCGUGGGGCAGGCUCUCCCCGUUAUUCCGCCACGUGGAAGUCGAGAGACAACCGAGGCAGAAGGGAUAAUAGAUAGGCCCAGGGUUCGCCUGGCAGUGCCCGGUUUUGGGGGCAAGCUGCAGCAAGGCCAGGGCAUGCCUGGCCGUGCCAAAGAUACUGCUCUGGGGAAAGGGACACGUGGGUGGUGUUUGUGGGCGCGGGGAGAGCCUCCCCCCCAGUUGGCAGGGCUGAUUCGCCAGCAACAACCACAGUCGCCAGCUUUCCCUUCCAGCCGGCCUUGCGGUGCCUGGAAAAAGAACUGGUCCAGCUGCAACCUCAAUAGGCUGCUGCCUGCCUAAGCUGGGCUCUCUUCUCCCUGCCUCUUCCCAGUUGAGGGUGUUGCCAACUCUUUUUUUGGUGCCCCUUCGGCCCUCCCCCUGCGCCUUUAAGAGCUGCCCGUGCUGCAAGAUAGGAGGGGAAGUGUGUGUGUGUGUGUGUGUCCCCUCGUUUCCUCUGUAACACAUGUGCCACAAAAGGCGCAGGAGCAGGGGCCAGGAAAUAAAGUUGGCAACCCUAUAACGGUGGUUUCCAAACUGGUGAGCUCCGGUGCGCCGUUUCAGUUUUGAUUUGUGUGUGUGUUUAUUUGAAAGGUUGUGUUACGGCUUUCAGAAAUCGCUGACUCUCGAUUCCUCGUGUUAUUGAUUAUCUUAUGUUAUUGAUUGUAUCGCACAAUUAGAGCCUAUUGCAUUAUGUGGCUUUCUGGAUUGUGCUGCCAUACACUUCUAGAACGGGGGGGGGGGGGUCAUUAGUAGUAAAGGUAAAGGUAAAGGUAAAGGGACCCCUGACCAUUAGGUCCAGUCGUGGCCGACUCUGGGGUUGCGGCGCUCAUCUCGCUUUACUGGCCGAGGGAGCUGGCGUACAGCUUCCGGGUCAUGUGGCCAGCAGGACUAAGCCGCUUCUGGCGAACCAGAGCAGCGCACGGAAACGCCGUUUACCUUCCCGCCGGAGCGGUACCUAUUUAUCUACUUGCACUUUGAUGUGCUUUCGAAAUGCUAGGUGGGCAGGAGCAGGGACCGAGCAACAGGAGCUCACCCCGUCGCGGGGAUUUGAACCGCCGACCUUCUGAUUGGCAAGUCCUAGGCUCUGUGGCUUGACCCACAGCGCCACCCGCAUAACAGGCACUUUCGGCAGAUCAAAUCUUCAUCAUGCCCCCCCCCCCUUCCUUGCAAGGACUUCGGGGUAGUUUUUAAGUAGUUCUGCCUCCUUCGGAACCUGACCUGGAUCACAACGGCCCUUUGAGGUAGGCUGAGCACAGAUAUAUAACAAGGGGCCACCAACAAGAAGGCUUGGGGGGUUUUUGGCAGGGAAGCGGUGACAGCACAGACGCUUUUAAAAUUAUGUAUUUUUUUGGAGAGGCCUUUCUCUCUCUCGUAACACUAGAAGUGAAGCUCAGUGUUGCAAAGAUUCAGGAUGGACAAAAAUAAAUAAAUCCUCCACCAUGCAGAGUUAGACUAUGGAACUCCCUGCCACAGUAGCCGGCGGUGGCCAUCAACUGGGGUGGCCUUGAAAGAGGAUUGGGCAAAUUCAAGGAGGAGGCUUAUUGAUGGCUGUUAGCUAGGAUGGCCCUGCUCUGCUUCCAUGGCUGGAGACAGAUUUGGAAGGGGCCGCAGGGGGUCAUCUAGUCCAACCCCCUGCAAUGCAGGAAUCUUUCAUCCGAUGCAGGACUCGAAUCCAGGACCUUGAGAUUGCGAGUCUCACGCUCUGCCCAGUGAGCAAUAGGCACUAAUGCCCAUUGAUGGAGGGGAUCUUGCACUCGGAUCCCGCUUGCCGGCUUCCCAUUGGGAUUGCCUCUGAGCAGCCGCAGAGUGCCUUUUGUCAUCUGCACCGCCACACACCUGGGAUGAUGAGGAAAUCGUGCAGGUCAUCAGGUAACCUUUCCAGGUAGCCUUGAACCCUCACCGCUCUUCUUUGGAGAGGGGUGCGUGAGGGGUAAGACUAAAACACUUGAAUUCUUGGCUGGAUUCCUCCGCAAGAUAUUUAGCUGCUAGAUGUUCUUGCCACUUUCUGUCUGCCCUGUACAAAGAAAUAUGGGGAAGAUUCACUGAUUCCCUUCUUCCAUUUUAAAAAAACGACCCCCUCUUCCCAUAUGAACCUACCCGGACCCCAAGAUAAUCUUCUGAGGCCCUCCUUCGUGUACCUCCUCCUCAAGAGGUCCGGAGGGUGGCAACACGAGAACGGGGCCUUCUCUGCAGUGGCUCCCUGUUUGUGGGAUGCUCGUUUGGUGCCUUCAUUACACACCUUUAGGCACCAGGCAAAAACGUUCCUUUUUAACCAGGCCUUUGGUUGAUCUGUUUGACAUCCUAUACCCUUUUAAAAUGUGGCUCUUUUCUGGUGUGUGUUAUUGGGUUGUUGUUUUUAUUCUGAUUAUAUAUAUUGUGAUCUUUUCUGUGAACCGCCCUGAGACCUCCGGGUAUAGGUUGGUAUAUAAACUCAAUUAAUAAUAAUAAUACCAUUAAUUUUUGUUAGGGCACAAGUCAAAGUCCAUCCGUUAGGCCAGCCUUUCUCAACGUGUGGGUCCCCAGAUGUUGUUGAACUACAACUCCCAUCACCCCUAGCUAGCAAGGCCGGAGCUCAGAGAUGAUGGGAGUUGUAGUCCAACAACAUCUGGGGACCCACAGGUUGAGAACCGCUGCGUUAGGCUGUUUCUGACUAAAACAUACUCAGAGUAGACCUUUGAUUAAUGUGCCUUAGGCUGUGCACAUCUAAAGCAUGCAAGGACGUCCUGGGAACUGUAGUUUGACCGCCACAGUGCUACAGUUCCCAGCACCAAACUUCAGUUACCAGUAUUCUUUUUUUCUGCGGGGACAGGGGCAGAAAUGUGCUUUAUAGUGUCCAUGCAGCCCUUUGUCAGAUAUAGACCAGUGUCUGACUGGCAGAAGCAUGUAAGGAUUUCAGGAAAGAGAGCUCCCCUCGUCAUCUGCUUAUGCCUUAUGAAGAAUGCUCGAAGGAGCUGGGUACUUUUAGCCCGGAGAAGAGGAGACAGAGAGGAGAUAGAAUCAAUAAGUGUAGAAUUGGAAGGGCUCCCCAGCAGUCAUCUAGUCCAACCCCCUGCAAUCCGGGAAUCGCUGCUCAAGCAUCCCCAACACGUGACCACCCAGCUUAAAAACCUCCAAGGAAGAAGAGCCCUUUUAACUUAUUUUUUUCUUUUCAUUUUCCCAAAAAAAUUAUUAAUUUUCACAAUAUUAUAAACAAACAAACACACAAGACAAACAGACAUAAAUCAUAGCCUUAUUGAAAAUUACAGUUAUUAACUUUGUUAAGUGACUUCCUCGCUUCCCCUUGGUUGAAUUUCACUGUAUGUCCUUUUAACGGUUUUCCAAAUCCCAGUUUUUAUGAAAUUUAACUUAAACAUUAACAUCCUUAGAUCUUCACCUUAUGGAAUUAAACAUAUUAAUUCAUCACUUAACGUAAAUAAAAUCCUAAGCCCAUUAGGUGUCUGCAAGCUGUUUUCAGUUAGUUUAACUUAACAAAUUUAACUAAGUAAUCAUUAAAUUUAUUCCACUCUUCCUGAUACUCCUCCUCCUCCUGGUCGCGGACUCUUCCUGUCAGGUCGGCUAGCUCCGAAAAAUUCAUCAUCUUCAUCUGUCAUUCUUCUAUUGUUGGUAAUUCUUGGAUUUUCCACUUUUUAGCUAACAAAAUACGAGCAGCAAAAUACGAGCCCUUUUAACUUUUAACCAGAUCCUUUUAACCGGGGAUCUCGCCAGGAUUCGAACUCAGGACUUUCCGCACGCUUGGGGUGAGUUGCAUUGCGCUGUGGAGCUGCAGUCCCAAACCAAGAUUCCUCCCGGUUCUGGAGCAUUUAAAAACGGGAUUGCAGGAAACUGCGACUUCUCUCUUUUUUUUUAAAAAAAAUGAUAUUUAUUCCAAAUUUAAAGUUACAAAAAAGAGGAAAAAAAAACACCAUACAAAAUACAAAGAAAACUUUAACCAUAACAAAGCGAAAAAUAAAAAGAUAAAAGUGAACAAUAAAAUAGAAUAAAAAAGAAGACUUAACAUAAAAUAUAAAAAUGCAUUAAGUUAAAAUAAAACAAAAACAGAUUUAACCUUUACAUAGCCUUUUCCCUUUACUUAUUUCCAUGACCUCCUCUCACCUCCCAAUUUUGUAUUCUAGUUCAGAUCGUAUUUCCAGCAAAUCCUUCUAACCUUAUUUUCAUUUACGUAUUUUAAAAUUUAAAUAAUGUGAUUAAACCUCCUCUGUUUCAUCAAUUUCAUCAACUCAUUUUUACCUAAUCCUUUAUAUCAUAUCUACCAGAACGACCUAAUUUUCUUUUUCCAACCUCUUUCUAACAGUCUUUUAUAUUGCAGUAUUUUUGAAGGUAUAUUUUGAAUUUUUUCCAAUCUUCUUCCAUCGACCCUUCUCCCUGGUCUCGAAUUCUGCCAGUCAUCUCAGCCAGUUCCAUGUAGUCCAUCACUUUCAUCUGCCAUUCUUCUCGGGUGGGCAGUUCUUGUGUCUUCCAGUACUUCCCAAUGAGUAUUCUUGCUGCUGUUGUAGCAUACAGGAAACUGCGACUUCUCGAGCCAGACUGUUGACUCAUCGAGCUCAAUAUUGCCCACACGGACUGGCAGGAACUCUCUGGGGAAUUACCCUGUCCUUUCUAGAGAUGCCACAGUGGUUCAGACCUGGGAGAGUCUCUUCCUCAUAGUCACUGCUGUUUUCCUCACCGUCGUCUUCGUAGGCAGAAGUCAGUCUUUGACUCACUGGGCUGAAAUCGAUGCCUCUACCUGCACCGAAUCGCGAUAUGGUCUGGACUAUAUGGUCCAGGGAUUUGAGUGUGGCUUGUUGAUAUUAUUAUUAUUAUUAUCAUCAUCAUCAUCAUCAUCAUCAUCUAUUUUUCGCUCCAUAAGACGCACCAGACCAUAAGACACACCUAGUUUUUGGAGGAGGAAAACAAGAAGAAAAAAAUUCUGAAUCUCAGAAGCCAGAACAGCAAGAGGGAUGGCUGUGCAGCGAAAGCAACGAUCCCUCUUGCUGUUCUGGCUUCUGGGAUAGCUGCGCAGCCUGCAUUCACCCCCUAAGACGCACACACAUUUCCCCUUACUUUUUAGGAGGGAAAAAGUCAGUCUUAUAGAGCAAAAAAUACGGUAUUAUUAUUAUUAUUUUGAAAUGAAAUUACGGGGUGCUCAUGAAAAGCAAAGAUUAUUGUCUGUGAUAGGUAAAGGUAAAGGGACCCCUGACCAUUAGGUCCAGUCAUGGCUGACUCUGGGGUUGCGGUGCUCAUCUCGCUUUAUUGGCCGAGGGAGCUGGUGUACAGCUUCCGGGUCAUGUGGCCAGCAGGACUAAGCCGCUUCUGGCGAACCAGAACAGCGCACGGAAACGCCGUUUACCUUCCUGCCAGAGCGGUACCUAUUUAUCUACUUGCGCUUUGACGUGCUUUCGAACUGCUAGGUUGGCAGGAGCAGGGACCGAGCAACGGGAGCUCACCCCGUCGUUACGGGGAUUCGAACCGCCGACCUUCCGAUCGGCAAGUCCUAGGCUCUGUGGUUUCACCCACAGUGCCACCCGCGUCCCAAUUGUCUGUGAUAAAUGGCGUUAAAUGUAUGUCAAAGAGGCACAUACCUUUGGCAAUUUAAUGAGCUGUUGCCUAACUCACUGUGCAUCACACGUUUGUAUCUCAUAGGCCAAUCAGGGUAGCCGAAACCCAGUCAGGUUGGGUUGCCUUCUCUGAGUCAGCACCUCCUGGUGUGACCCAAUAUCAUCCUCAAGGAUGGGCACAAUGAAGGCUCAUCAGAAUGGAGUCUUGGCAAGGGGUUGUUGUUGUCGUUUAGUCGUGUCCGCCUCUUCGUGACCCCCUGGACCUGAGCACGCCAGGCCCUCCUGUUUUCAACUGCCUCCCGCAGUUUGGUCAAACUCAUGUUGGCUGCUUUGAGAACACUGUCCCACCAUCUCGUCCUCCGUCGUCCCUUUCUCCUUGUGCCCUCCAUCUUUCCCAACAUCAGGGUCUUUUCUAGGGAGUCUUCUCUUCUCCUGAGGUGGCCAAAGUCUUGGAGCCUCAGCUUCAGGAUGUGUCCUUCCAGUGAGCACUCAGGGCUGAUUUCCUUCAGAAUGGAGAUGUUCUUGCAGUCCAUGGGACUCUCAAGAGUCUCCUCCAGCACCAGAAUUCAAAAGCAUCCAUUCUUUGGCGAUCAGCCUUCUUUAUGGUCCAGCUCUCACUUCCAUACAUCACUGCUGGGAAAACCAUAGCUUUAACUAUACAGACCUGUAUUGGCAAGGUGAUGUCUCUGCUUUUUAAGAUCCUGUCUAGGUUUGUCAUUGCUUUUCUCCCAAGAAGCAGGCGUCUUUUAAUUUUGUGGCUGGGUCUUGAGUUCGAGUCGCACUCUAGACAAGAGAUUCCUGCAUAGAAGCGGGUUAGACUAGGUGACUCUUGGGGUCUCUUCCAACUCUACAGUUCUAUGAUAUUGGAGCCAGAAAAAUCGGGAACGUGGACAGCCCCAAAGUGAGAGAUGGGGUCUCAAAGUGCUGCAAAGUGCCAAAGAUUUCAGACCUUCCAAGUGCCCUUAUUUUCCAGGGACAGUCCCGGAUUUAGAGAUAAUAAUAACAUUUAUUUACCCCGCACAUCAGGCUGGGUUUCCCCAGCCACUGUGGGCGGCUUCCAACAGAAUAUUAAAAACACAAUAAAACGUCAAACAUUAAAAACUUCCCUCAACAGGGCUGCCUUCAGAUGUCUUCUAAAAGUCAGAUAGUGGUUUAUUUCCUUGACAUCUGAUGGGAGGGCAUUCCACAGGGCAGGUGCCACCACCGAGAAGGCCCUCUGCCUGGUUCCCUGUCACCUCACUUCUCGCAGGGAGGGAACCGCCAGAAGGCCCUUGGAGCUGGACCUCAGUGUCUGGGCAGAACGAUGGGGGUGAAGACGCUCCUUCAGGUAUAUUCGGCUGAGGCUGUUAAGGGCUUUCAAUUUCUGUGGUGUCCCCCUUUCCCUUGUGCUUAUUUUCCUCAAUGGUUCAUCCAGCCGGGCCUUCAUGGCUAGCAGCCAUUGAUGGAGUGCGCACUCAGCUCCUUUGCAGGCUUCUCACUGGGGAAUCUGGCAGCCCACUGCCAGGAGAAGAUUCUGGACCUCGUAGAUUUUUGUGCUGACCCAGCAGGGUCUUUGGUUCUUAUGAUCAGUGAAUGCUCUGACUCAGAAGAAGAAACUUCCCUAUAUUCCAGAAUCGCAGUCAGUGCAUUCUCCCCAGAUGACUCACUCUGAUUGCACAUAAUCCUUCUUGGAUUAGAAUAGGGACGUCCUAUUCCAUAACAGACGCGGGUGGUGCAGUGGGUUAAACCACAGAGCCUAGGGCUUGCCGAUCGUAUGGUCGGCGGUUCGAAUCCCCGCGGCGGGGUGAGCUCCCGUUGCUCGGUCCCAGCUCCUGCCCACCUAGCAGUUCGAAAGCACCCCUAACUGCAAGUAGAUAAAUAGGUACCGCUCCGGCGGGAAGGUAAACGGCGUUUCCAUGCGCUGCUCUGGUUCGUCACAAGUGGCUUAAUCAUGCUGGCCACAUGACCCGGAAAAACUGUCUGCAGACAAACGCUGGCUCCCUCGGCUAGUAAAGCGAGAUGAGCUCCGCAACCCCAGAGUCGUUUGCAACUGGAUUUAACUGUCAGGGGUCUUUUACCUUUACCUUUAUUCGAUAAUAAUAAUAAUAUUUAUACACCCCCUCAUCUGACUGGGUUGCCCCAGGCACCCUGGGCAGCUUCCAACAUAUAUAAAAACUUAAAGGUAAAGGGACCCCUGACCAUCACAUCCAGUCGUGGACAACUCUGGGGUUGCGGCGCUCAUCUCGCUUUACUGGCCGAGGGAGCCGGCAUACAGUUUCCGGGUCAUGUGGCCAGCAAGUAAAGCCACUUCUGGCGAACCAGAGCAGCUCACAGAAACGCUGUUUACCUUGACGCUGGAGCGGUGCCUUUUUAUCUCCUUGCACUUUGAGGUGCUUUUGAACUGCUAGGUGGGCAGGAGCAGGGACUGAGCAACAGGAGCUCACCCCGUCGCACAGAUUUGAACCGCCAACCUUCUGAUCGGCAACCCUAGGCUCUGUCGUUUAACCCACAGCACCACCCGCAUCUCUUCCUUUACCUUUACCUUUAUUUAAUAAUAAUAAUAAUAAUUCAUAAUAGUAAUACUCCCCUCAUCUGACUGGGUUGACCCAGGCAGCUUCCAACAUAUAUAAAAACUUAAUAAAACAUUUAUUUUUUUCUUUAAAAACCUCCCCAUGCAGGGCUGCCUUCAGAUGUCUUCUAAAGUUGUAUAGUUACAUCUCAGGGCUCACCUACGUCCGUACCCUCCCAACAUUUCUCUGAGGAAAAUAGAGAAAGCAAGGCGCUCCUGGAUCAAAUUAGAAAGUGGGCCGGCUUCUGUUAACCCAGGGCUGCCCCUGGAAAAUAGGGACCCUUGGAGGAUCUGUGGGACUUGAUUCGAACUCGUGCCUUCCGGCUUCUUGAACCUUGCAAAGGUGUGGGAGUGUCCACCGUGGUCCCUCGGUAAUGUGCGAGGCGCGUGUGCUCUGCGCAUGCCCAGAGGCUCCCUCCUCUACCAUCCCUCUCUGUGGCUUUGCAGGAAGCAGUGGGACGCGUGCCGAGAAUAUAAUCCGAGCACUCCCUCUGUCAUUACUUCUGCAUCUUCUUCCCCGGAACACGUUCCAGCUUGUUGCCCUACUUUUUUAAAAAAAAUGUUUUAUUCAGAGGUCCUUUAGAUGUGAGAGAACACCGUGUGGUGAUGUGCAGAUUGCUUCGUGUGCUUAAGGCUACGAUUUCCCACUGAUCUCCAUGGAGCUUAUUUCUGUGUGCACAAAUGGCACAGUGUGAAACGCUCCUGCACCGCCCACUAGGCCUUGUUGCAUUGCUCGAAUGGGGAAAUCAUCACCAUCCUCAAUCUUUAUUAUGGUCCAGAGACCCAACAAAUCAUUACAAAGCAAUACACAAUUCAUACAGCCUACCUCCAGGUUAGACAAGCAUUUUGUUUAGGAUAUAGGGAUCAUUUGUUCUUGCAACCACCGAUAAAAACUUUGCCACUGCUAAUGUUCUAGUGUUUGUCCGGUCUUCCAGUAGGAACCUGACAUAGCGAGCCUCUGAUUUUCCCGGGAAAGGUACCAGCAAGGGUAGCAUCAGUUCAGCCCUGGCUUGCUCAUGUUUUGCACAGUGCAACAAAAUAUGUUUUAUGGAAUCGAUGUCUUGAGCACGCGAGCAAAGUCUGUCCUGGUAGGGAACUCCUCUCAACCUGCCAUCCAACACUGCAGAAGGAAAGACAUUUAGACUGGCUUUGGUGAAAAGCCUUCGAAAGUUUGGUACUGUCAGGUUUUUAAUGUAAGAUAUUAACUUAAAGACAUACCCAUAUUGUACUCCUACUGCCAGCGGACUACAGACUGUGUGUGAUCGAGAUCGCAAGUCACUGUGUGCAUUAUCCCAUAAUCUUUGCUUUAACAUCUUUUGGGCGCCUUCAUAACCCAGGUAAUACCAUUGGCAGGGAGACAGACCAAUAGAGGUGGCUUUUUUAGCCAUGGUUUUCUGCCAUUUGCUGACAAAUUCCUCAUUGGUCAGGUGUUGGUACAAACCCUUCCCUAGAUUAAACACUGAAAUCCUGAGCCAAUGUUUUAGGGCAGCCCACCAAGGUCCGUAUAGUUAAAGCCAUGGUUUUCCCAGUGGUCAUGUAUGGAAGUGAGAGCUGGACCAUAAAGAAGGCUGAUCGCCGAAGAAUGGAUGCUUUUGAAUUCUGGUGCUGGAGGAGACUCUUGAGAGUCCCAUGGACUGCAAGAAGAUCAAACCUCUCCAUUCUGAAGGAAAUCAGCCCUGAGUGCUCACUGGAAGGACAGAUCCUGAAGCUGAGGCUCCAAGACUUUGGCCACCUCAUGAGAAGAGAAGACUCCCUGGAAAAGACCCUGAUGCUGGGAAAGAUGGAGGACGCAAGGAGAAGGGGACGACAGAGGACGAGAUGGUGGGACAGUGUUCUCGAAGCUACCAGCAUGAGUUUGACCAAACUGCGGGAGGCCGUGGAAGACAGGAGUGCCUGGCAUGCUCUGGUCCAGGGGGUCACGAAGAGGCGGACACGACUAAACAGCAACAACCACGCUUUAGUUGAAAUUGGGCAUUCACCAGCCUCUAACAGAAGUAUGGAGUUGGGGACGCAGUUGGGUACCUGCGGCAGAGAUCGUAGACAUUUUGCCUGAAAGCCAUCUAGCUUUGGCAGGUCCCCCGAAUGGGAAAAUGUCUAUUAGCCCGAGGGCUGUUCUUCCUCCUAAGCCUCUUUCCAGUGGCCACAUGCUAGCGGAAAGUGAAUCAAAAGUGCGAGGAGCAACAAACGAAAGUUCUGAAAGUUCUUUCAGGAGCUCGCAACACCUCCGCUGUUUUGAGAUGUGUUUCUGCGUGGAGCAAGGAAGGAGAACAAGAACAUGAAGAAACCGAGGAGGAGGGUGAAUUAUAAACGGCAACUCCUCGAAAGAUUCCAUCGUCUCCGAAAAAUUUCACGCAUCACUUGGGAAGACAGGCGAACGAAUGCUGGAAGAAGCAAAGAUCGCUAGUGUGGAAGCGACGAUUCUUCAACAUCAACUUCGUUGGACCGGUCAUGUUGUGCGGAUGCCUGAUUUUCGUCUUCCGAAGCAACUACUCUGUUCCCAGUUUAGGAACGGAAAGCGUAAUGCUGGUGGCCAACAAAAGAGGUUUAAAGACACCCUCAAAACAAAUCUUUAAAAAUAUAGUAUAAACACUGAUAACUGGAGAACAUUGGGCUGCGAGCGCUCCAGUUGGAGAACAGCCUUUUCCAAAGGUGUCGUGGGCUUUGAAGACACUCGAACUCAGGACACAAGGGAGAAACGUGCUAAGAGGAAAGCACGCUUGGCAAACCCUCACCGGGAUCAGCUCCCGCCCGGAAACCAAUGUCCCCACUGUGGAAGGACGUGAGGAUCCAGAAUCAGCCUCCACAGUCACUUAUGGACUCACUGUUAAAACCGUGUUUACGGAAGACGAUCUUACUCAGCGACGAGGGAUUGCCAAAGAGAAGCGAUAUUUAUCCCUUGCCUCAUGCUUCUGGGUUGUAUCAAUUAAAAAUCCACCAUUAAAAGCUGAUUGCCAUCACAGCGACAGGGCACAUCUUGUAUAUCGUCGGUGUCGCAAGCCAGAGUUAAGACGCGAAAGAAACCAUCUGAUUCAGUUUCCCCAGCCACUCUGUCUGGGUCACUACCAACAGAGAUAUAAACACAAUGAAACAUUAAGCAUUAAAUAAACUAUACAGGGCUGCCUUCAGAUGUCUUCUAAAGGUUCUGUUUCUAUACUGUAUAAAAUAAAAUGAGACCAAAUGGAAUCAAAUCCCCACCUCGCCUUCAAGGGCAGCCCCACAUAAAUUUCAUUGCAGUAGCACAGUUUGGAAGUUGCCUGAGAAUGAGUCCUAAAGUGUCUGGAGGCGGUUGGAGGAUGGAUGGCAGCUAACAGAUUGAGGUUGAAUCCUGACAAGACAGAGGCACUGUUCUGGGGGGACAGGUAUGGGGGACUCCCUGGUCCUGAAUGGGGUAACCGUAUCCCCGAAGGACCAGGUGCGCAGCCUGGGAGUCAUUCUGGACUCACAGCUGUCCAUGGAGGCGCAGGUCAAUUCUGUGUCCAGGGCAGCUCCAUCUGGUACACAGGCUGAGACCCUCCCUGCCCCCAGACUGUCUGGCCAGAGUGGUGCAUGCUGUGGUUAUCUCCUGCUUGGACUACUGCAACGCGCUCUCCGUGGGGCUGCCUUUGAAGGUGACCCAGAAACUACAACUACAACAACCUAGACUGGUCACUGGGAGCGGCCGCCAAGACCUGAAAGACCUACAUUGGCUCCCAGGACGUUUCCGAGCACAGUUCGAAGUCUUGGUGCUGACCUUGAAAGCCGUAAACGGUCUCUGCAAAGUAUCUCUGAAGGAGUGUCUCCAUCCCCAUUGUCCAGCCCGGACACUGAGGUCCUGCUCCGAGGGCCUUCUGGCGGUUCCCUCCCUGAGAGAAGUGAGGUUACAGGGAACCAGGCAGAGGGCCUUCUCGGUGGUGGUGCCCACCCUGUGUUGAUGUCAAGGAAAUAAACAACAACCUGACUUUUAGAAGACAUCUGAGGGCAGCCCUGUUUAGGGAAGUUUUUAAUGUUUAAUGUUUUGUUGUGUUUAAAUAUCCUGUUGGAAGCCGCUCAGAGUAGCUGGGGAGACCCGGCCAGAUGGGCGGAGUAUAAGUAAUAACGUUAUUAUUAUAAUUAUUAUGGAAGUAAGGACUCCUAAAGCCACACACAGAGGCCACUUGAGCCUCGAAGGCCUCCUGCAACUCCUAUUAUUCCUUAAAAACAAAGGAACAGCAUGGCCAGAGUACCAGACAAAAGAGCAGCCGCUGAUCUAAUAUUUAGACAGUGGUGAAAAUGUACACAGGAUUCCCGGCGCUGUGAGCCGGCCGCGAUCGAGCCAGGGGAGUUGCAUAUAGAGACGCCACUAGGAAAGGAGAAGAUUUUGUUGUUUAUUUCAGUAUUAUUUCCCACUGGGCAAGAUGAGAGGCUGGUUCUCGUUUCCACUUGCUGAUAAGGAAACACUUUGGAUUCCGGAGAGCUUAGGAGGGGCAAGGGGAGAGGGAAAGGGGGAAAGAUAAACAGUGUGCAUUGACAUAAACCUCGAGAAAUGCAUGCCCCCCCAUCAUUUCUCCGUUGAAAAUAGGGACAUCCUAUUUAAUAAUCAGGACGCGGGUGGCGCUGUGGGUUAAACCACAGAGCCUAGGGCUUGCCGAUCAGAAGGUCGGCGGUUCAAAUCCCCGCUGCGACGGGAUGAGCUCCCGUUGCUCGGUCCCUGCUCCUGCCAACCUAGCAGUUCGAAAGCACGUCAAAGUGCAAGUAGAUAAAUAGGUACCGCUCCGGCAGGAAGGUAAACGGCGUUUCCGUGUGCUGCUCUGGUUCGCCAGAAGCGGCUUAGUCAUGCUGGCCACGUGACCCGGAAGCUGUACGCCGGCUCCCUCGGCCAGUAAAGCGAGAUGAGCGCCGCAACCCGAGAGUCGGCCACGACUGGACCUAAUGGUCAGGGGUCACUUUACCUUUUACUAUUUAAUAAUCACAACCAUAAUCAUAAUACCCAUCUGAGUGGGUUGCCCCAGCCACUCCGGGAAGCUUCCAGCAUAAAUUAAAACAUAAUAAACCUUUAAAAGCUUCCCUGCACAGGGCGGCCUCAGAUGUCUUCUAAAGGUUGUGGAGUACCUUAUCUCCUUGGCUCAGGGCUCGCAUAACUCCAUCCCCUCCAACAUUCCUCCGAUGAAAAUAGAGACGUACUAAGGAAAAGUGGGACAUUCCAGAAUCAAAUCAGAAACCGGGACGGCUUCUGUAAAUCCGGGACUGUCCCAGGGAAAUAAGCUCAUUUGGAUGGUUUGGGUGUGGAGACGCUCCUUCAGGUAUACUGGACCGAGGCCGUUUAGGGCUUUCAAGGUCAGCACCAACGCUUUGAAUUGUGCUCGGAAACGUACUGGGAGCCAAUGUAGGUCUUUCAGGACCGGUGUUAUAUGGUCCCGGCGGCCGCUCCCAAUCGCCAGUCCAGCAGCUGCGUUCUGGAUUAGCUGUUGUUUCCGGGUCACCUUCCAAGGUUGCCCCACGUAGAGUGCAUUGCAGUAGUCCAAGUGGGAGAUAACCAGGGCAUGGACCACUCUGGCCAGACAGUCUGCAGGCAAGUAAGGUCUCAGCUGAGAUUGGUUGUCCAUAAUGUCUCUUCCUGGUCUUCCAUGGCCCAACGACAAAUGACGUCUUUCACACUAGUAACCCUUCUCUCGCGCGCAUUACCCAGCAAAGGGAUUUAGUUCCAGUGUUGUCUUUGGCAAAGGCUUGUCUUUCCCGUCGCUUUCAGCCGCCCAGCUCAAGCCCGGCAUCAGCAUUCAUGCACCCGUCUCCAUUUCCAUUCCAGAGUUCGGCUCGGCAGGAUGUUUGCAUGCCCGGGUAUGUGCUGUCCUUUCCUGUCGAGGAAGGGAAACCGGGAAAAGAACGCCAAUCCUCUCUCUCUCUCUCUCUCUCUCUCUCUCUCUUUUUCUCCAGCUCCAUCCCUUCUCCUCUUCCUCCCACAAGGAUGCGAGGAUAGGAUAGGCUGAGAGCGGGUGGGUCUUGUGAUCUGGGCAGCCCAGGACCUCCAGACACACUGCCCAGGUUUGCACCCUGGAAACAAGGCACGUUCCACCAUCUCUCGAGACAGAUGGACAGGGCCCAUAGCUGUCAACCGUCCCUUAUUUGGCGGGAAAGUCCCUUAUCCCAGCGCCGUGUCCCGCUGCUGCCCCUUAUUGAUGAUGUCCCUUAAAUUUCCCGGGUUUCAGAGGAAGCAGCUCCUCUCCCUCCCUGCCGGCCAGGGAGGAGGGAGGCUCCAACUGUGUUGCUUGGCUGCAUUGCUCACCCAAUAAGGAGUCUAAGAACGACUGGGGGGUGGAGCUUGCAUGCCUUGUGCUUAUCAAAUCGGCCGCCUUGCCUGGGGACUCGCCUUUGCUCAGCGCUUCCCAGCGGAGAGGUGACGGUGGUUUUCCUUGCUGCAUCCCCUUUGCUGGGUUGCUGCGCUGUGGGAACCACCGCUUGAGGCUUCGUUUGGCUGCUGGUUGGGCUUUCUGCCUUUGGCUCGGAGGGGCUCAGAAGUUGAACAUACCUGUGCUCUGAAAAUCCCUUAUUUUGGCUGCUGAUCCCUUAUUUUCGAGGCUGCUGGUCCCUUAUUUUCAAAUCUGUAAGUUGACAGCUAUGACAGGGCCAUCUUAAGCAUAUCCGGUGCCGUGGUGCAAAGAUCCCUCUGGCAACUCUUUCCCAGAGUUGUCAACCUUUGUUUUUUAGGGCUGGAGGAGGCGGGCAGUGGCUGGAGGGCGGCUCCUCCGGCGGGGAAGAGGCAGAGGCUGGGCGUGGUGCCUCCCGGCUCAGCUUGGCUGCUUCGUGCCACCAAGUGUUGGCUCAGUUUUUCCCCUUUUAGCCUUCUGGCGCCCUGCAGAAUUUGACGCCUGCAGGCUAAAAGGGAAAAAACCGAGCUGACGUUCAGAGGGAAUGGCGCACGCGCCCUCGCUCGCUCAGUGCGCUCGUUUAGUGUUCCCCGGACUCUCGCCCCUCCAGAACUUGGCACCCCGGCGCCACUAGCCUCUAUGGGUAAGACGGGCCUGCAGAUGGAUUGCAACAACAAAAACAACUUCUGCCCUGGCGGGAGGUCAACUCUGGUGUUGCUAACACAGCAGUUUGACUUUGCCCUCGGCAGCAGAAAGAUGCCAACAGCAACUUGUUGUUGUUUAGUUGUGUCCGCCUCUUCGUGGCCCCCUGGACCAGAGCAUGCCAGGCCCUCCUGUCUUCCACUGCCUCCUGCAGUUUGGUCAAACUCAUGCUGGUAGCUUCAAGAACACUGUCCCACCAUCUCGUCCUCUGCCGUCCCCUUCUCCUUGUGCCCUCCAUCUUUCCCAACAUCAGGGUCUUUUCCAGGGAGUCUUCUCUUCUCCUGAGGUGGCCAAAGUCUUGGAGCCUCAGCUUCAGGAUCUGUCCUUCCAGUGAGCAUUCAGGGCUGAUUUCCUUCAGAAUGGAGAGGUCUGAUCUUCUUGCCGUCCAUGGGACUCUCAAGAGUCUCCUCCAACACCAGAAUUCAAAAGCAUCAAUUCUUCGGUGAUCAGCCUUCUUUAUGGUCCAGCUCUCACUUCCAUACAUCACUACUGGGAAAACCAUAGCUUUAACUAUACGGACCUUUGUUGGCAAGGUGAUGUCUGUUUUUAAUCUUGCGAACCGGCCCCCUUAGCUCAGCCGGUAGAACUCAAGACUCAAUCUCAGGCUCGCGGGUUCGGACCCCACGUUGGGCAAAAGAUUCCUGCGUUUCAAGGGUUUGGGCUUGGCGCUUCCAGCUCUGGGAUAAAUAAAAGAACCUGUGUGAAUGAAAUCAAACGAUGCUCUCUAACAUGGAAUUUCCCUUUAUCACAGCUUCCGCGCAUGGCGUCGGGAUCUUUCCCCCGAGCAAAAGAAUAGGAUCCACCUGCAAAUUAGAGCUUGCGCACACACAUCAAUUCUGUUUAUGGAGAUCCCUUUGAUCACACAUAAACACAGUGCCCAGACCUUUGGGAUGACUAGUUUAUAUUUUUGCCUUGGUUCCCUAAGGUGCUGGGAGCGUGCUUUUAAAAUUCCGUCCAGCCUGGCUGGGCAGCGAAAUUAAAUAUUAAGCAUUAAAUGGUGAUCUUUAAAAUGCUGGUUUCUCUGUCUCUCGUUCCCCAUUAGCAGAUCAGGACAGUGAGUGUUUGAGGCCCCCGCAAAGUUAAAUUCUAAACUCCUGGCUCAAAAUGUUCUUACCCAGAUUUCGCUUGCUUCCCCUUGCAACCUUUUUAAAAAAAGAAAUGUUCUCAUUACUUUGAUCCUCAGACUAUACAAUUUGUUCUUUGAGGGUUAUGAUAAGGCUAAAUCUUAGGACACAGCUUGUAAUGGAUGGCAAGGAUAACUUUAUCCCCAUGUUUCAUAUCUGUUGAGAGAGAGAGAGAGAGAGAGAGGUACAUAUAUAUUGUUUUAUAUUCCCUAUUGAAUUAUUAUUUUUCUAAAAACCACAUAAACACAAGUGCACGGUGUAAGAUAAGGCACAAAAAAGAAGGGGGGGGAGAAAAGAAAUAGGACAGUGUAAGAAAAUAAAACAGAACAACAGAAAAGCUGUAUGCAUUACCAAAAAUAAUAUUAUUGCAGUUCAACAAACCUUAACCUAAUAGGGUAUUUAUAAAAAUGAAUUCCAAAUACCGUUGACUUUGUACAUGGCAAGUGUGUGUUUGCACGCAACUUGUCCAUGUGUAGCAAGUUUGAACGUAUCUUCAGUCGUUAAAGAAAGCCACAUUAUUAUUAUUAUUAUUAUUAUUACUGUUCAUACUGCAACUUUUUGCCAAAGUAAGAGCUCAGAGAAUCCAUUGAUAUUGUCCCUUUGUUAGAUUCCAUGUCUUGGGCCCGUAGAAUUCAAAAGGAUUGUUUUCCUCUGCAAAAUUCAGAUUAUUCCGUACAGUCUAGUGAAUUAUUAUUAUUCUUCCUAACCGCUCGGCGGCGAAGCUUUCUGCGCAGGUUCAGGGACAGGAAAUCCCCUUCCACACUUAACGGAGGAGACGCGCUUCCGAGCUUCGCUCUUGAGCAGACAGAUCUCCUUCUGCAAAAACAUCUGUGCCAAGAAUGCAAAGUUACGUAACUUCUAGAGGAGCUGGAGAAAAUGAAAUGGAAUGGAGGGUUGGCAGAGUAUCGGGGGACAGGCAACCAGUAGUCUAAGGUAGCAGGAUUAGGCCUGGGCUGGGCUCUCCUCUCUGUGCGAUAUGAACGAAAUUUUCUUUGUGAGAAACUCGCCAACUAAGCCAAGCAGAGGGAGGAAGAAGAGGACAUUGGCAAUGCCUGGUUAAGGGGCUUUAAACUGCCCCUUCUGUAGGACCCUAAGGUAAAGGUAAAGGGACCCCUGACCAUUAGGUCCAGUCGUGACCAACUCUGGGGUUGCGGUGCUCAUCUCGCUUUACUGGCCGAGGGAGCCGGCGUACAGCUUCCAGGUCAUGUGGCCAGCAGGACUAAGCCGCUUCUGGCGAACCAGAGCAGCGCACGGAAACGCUGUUUACCUUCCUGUUGGAGUGGUACCUAUUUAUCUACUUGCACUUUGACGUGCUUUCGAACUGCUAGGUGGGCAGGAGCAGGGACCGAGCAACGGGAGCUCACCCCAUCAUUGCGGGGAUUCGAACCGCCGACCUUCUGAUUGGCAAGUCCUAGGCUCUGUGGUUUGACCCACAGCGCCACCCGCAUCCCUUCGUAGGACCCUAGAAUGGUUGAAAUGAAAGAGGGAUCCUCCCCAGGUCAUCUAGUCCAACCCCCCGCAAUGCAGGAAUCUUUUUUUUGCCCAGCGUGGGACUUGAACCCACAACGCGGAGAUUUCAUAGUAGAAUUGUAGAGUUGGAACGGACCACGAGGGACGAAGGCUUUGGUUGGAGCGUGGUGCUGAUGAUGCCAAGGUUGCAGGUUUGAUCCUCGUCUGGGGCAUUGCUGCACAUUCCUGCCUUCCAGGGGGGUUGGACUAGAUGGUGUCUAGGGUCCCUUCGAACUCUACAGUUCUGUGAUUCUACGAUUCUCCUUCCAAGCCUUCAUUGCAACAAUUCUCCCGAGAUUCUCGCGGGUCGCCGCAGAGCCAAGCGCUCCCGAUUCUCCAUUGCAAUCUGCGUGCGAAAUGUUGUUUGUUGUUUCUUCCUUUAUUGCAUUGCGGAAACGUUCGCUGGAGUCUGAAAGCCAGCUUGCAAUUAUAAUUGCGUUUAAUAUAUGUUAGGACGGGCUGAGAGCGAAAAAAGUCUCUGCCUUACUUUUGUUUUUCAAAGGGAUGGCAAAUCUAGGAUUCUAUAAAAGCAGGUCUCGUUUUUUGCAUCGUCGUAACUCGGUCCUUGCAGGGACACAGGUGGCGCUAUGGGUUAAACCACAGAGGCUAGGACUUGCUUGCUCAGUCCCAGCUCCUGCCAACCUAGCAGUUCGAAAGCACUUAAAAGUGCAAGUAGAUAAAUAGGAACCGCUCUGGCGGGAAGGUAAACGGUGUUUCCGUGCGUUGCUCUGGUUCGCCAGAAGCGGCUUAGUCCUGCUGGCCACAUGACCCGGAAGCUGUCUGCGGACAAACGCCGGCUCCCUCGGGCCAUAGAGUGAGAUGAGCGCCGCAACCCCAGAGUCAGUCACAACUGGACCUAAUGGUCAGGGGUCCCUUUACCUUUACCUCAGUCCUUGAUCUUAUGGUGAAGCAUAGCUAUGAGAAACGGCAAACUUUUUCAGCAGGGGGCCGGCCCACUGUCCCUCAGACCUUGUGGGGGGCCAGACUAUCUUUUUUUGGGGGGGAGGAAUGAAUGAAUUCCCAUGCCCCACAAAUAACCUAGAGAUGCAUUUUAAAUAAAAACACACAUUCUACUCAUAUAAAAACACCAGGCAGGCCCCACAAAUAACUCAGAAGUGCAGUUUAAAUAAAAGGACACUUUCUACUCGUGUAAAAACACGCUGAUUCCCAGACUGUCUGCAGGUUGGAUUUAGAAGGCGAUUGGGCCGGAUCCAGCCCCCAGGCCUUAGUUUGCCUACCCAUGAGAUAAGGUAAAGGUAAAGGGACCCCUGACCAUUAGGUCCAGUUGUGGCCGACUCUGAGGUUGCAGCGCUCAUCUCGUACAGCUUCCGGGUCAUGUGGCCAGCAUGACUGAGCCGCUUCUGGUGAACCAGAGCAGCACACGGAAACGCCGUUUACCUUCCCGCCGGAGUGGUACCUAUUUAUCUCCUUGCACUUUGACGUGCUUUCGAACUGCUAGGUGGGCGGGAGCAGGGACCGAGCAACGGGAGCUCACCCUGUCGCGGGGAUUUGAACCGCCGACCUUCUGAUCGGCAAGUCCUAGGCUCUGUGGUUUAACCCACAGCACCACCCGCGUCCCACCCAUGAGAUAGAGGGACUGAAAUUGCCCGUCACGGCCAUUAUUUCCAAUGGAUUUACUCGGAGUAGGAUUUAGUUGGAGGCAACCACCGCUGUCUUCCAUAGGUAGAGGUUUCCUGAGAUGUAGAUUCUGGUUCCGACGGCUUCCUAUUCCACCCUUUUGUCGCCAGCGACGUUUCCUUCUCCUUGGAAAUGUUGUCCGUCUGCCCCGGGUAGGAUUAAGCUGUGGCUAUUCUUGCACAGCAUCUGAAAUCCCUCAGAGCUCUUUAUCCCCAUUCGCACAGAGAGAGAGAGAGCCUCGGGGACUUAAAGUGCAAAGCGGAUUGUGUGGCAAAAAUAGAUCGGGGGGGCGGAGGAAAAGCCUUGUCAUGCACUUCCGAGGACACCUUCGACUCUGGCGUGCGACAGCAUUGCACAGUCGAUGCACGGCCUUGUUCACGAGACAAGCCGGGCCGCGUUUAUUUUUAAAACGGCAAAGUCAAAAGAGCAGCGGCUGAGUUUCUGAGUUUACUGCUUGGGCAGCAGGGUUAGAAAAUAAAUCCCCAUCUUUCCCACCCCCCCUCUCUUUUAAAGAGAAUGCUUUUGGUUCCUCUUUAGAUGUGCAAAUGUGGUUUGCAUUUCCGUCCCCUCCAACAUUUCUCUGAUGAAAACGGAGAUGUCCUAUUCCAUACCCUCCAGCGUGUCUCAGAUGGAAAGAGGGGCGUCCUAAGGGAAAGUGGGGCAUUCUGGGAUCAAGUCAGAAACCGGGACCAUCCCUGGAAAAUAGAGACAGUUGAAGGGUCUGAAUGUGCUUCUUUUAUAGGUCAAAAGCAGUACUUUGAAUUGAGCCCAGAAGAUAAUCGCUAGCCAGUGAAGUGCUCUCUGCUGGGUUCCUGGUAACCUCGCUUUCGCAGGGAGGGAACCGCCAGAAGGCCCUCGGAGCUGGACCUCAGUGUCCGGGCUGGAAGAUGGGGGUGGAGACGCUCCUUCAGGUACAGUGGUACCUUGGUUUAUGAACUUAAUCCGUUUCAGAAAUCCGUUCUUAAACCAAAGCUUUCUUAAACCAAGACAUGCUUUCACAUAGCAGCAGGGGACUCAGUUUACAAAUGGAACACACUCAACAGGAAGCAAAACAUGUUCUUAUUCCAAGGCAAAGCUCACAAACCAAAACACCUGCUUCCAGGUUUGCAGCAUUCUUAAUCAAGUUUUUCAAAAACUAAGCUGUUCUUAAACCAAGGUACCAUAAUAAUAAUAAUAAUAAUAAUAAUUUAUUUAUACCCUGCCCAUCUGGCUGGGUUUCCCCAGCCACUCUGGGCGGCCUCCAACAGAACGCUAAAAUACAAUAACUUAUUAAACAUUAAAAUUUCCCUAAACAGGGCUGCCUUCAGAUGUCUUCUAAAAGUUUGGUAGUUAUUUUUCUCUUUGACAUCUUGUGGGAGGGCGUUCCACAGGGUGGGUGCCACUACCAAGAAGGCCCUCUGCCUGGUUCCCUGUAACUUGGCUUCUCGCAAUGAGGGAACCGCCAGAAGGCCCUCGGCACUGGACCUCAGCGUCCGGGCAGAAUGAUGGGGGUGGAGACGCUCCUUCAGGUAUACUGGGCCAAGGCCGUUUAGGGCUUUAAAGGUCAGCACCAGCACUUUGAAUUGUGCUUGGAAACGUACUGGGAGCCAACGUAGGUCUUUCAGGACCUGUGUUAUAUGGUCUCGGCGGCCGCUCCCAGUCACCAGUCUGGCUGCCACGUUCUGGAUUAGUUGUUGUUUCCGGGUCACCUUCAAAGGUAGCCCCAGGGAGAGCGCAUUGCAGUAGUAGAUAACUAGAGCAUGUGCCACUCUGGCGAGACAGUCUGCGGUCAGGGAGGGUCUCAUCCUGUGUACCAGAUGGAGCUGAUAAACAGCUGCCACUGUAUAUUCCAACAUUUCCCCGAUGAAAAUAGGGACGUCCUAAGGAGAAGUGGGCCAUUCCGGGAUCAAAUCAGAAACCAAAUGGCUUCUGUAAAUCCAGAACUGUCUCUGGAAAAUAGGGACACUUAGAAGGUCACUGGCAGCCAGUGCAGUAGGGUCAGGAUCCUUGCAAUAUGCUCAAACUGUCUUGUCCCAGUGAGCAAGUUGGUUGCCGAAUUCUACACUGGUUGAAGUUUCUGAACUGUCUUCAGAGACAGUUCUGGGUUGCACUAAUGUACUGGGUUGCACUAAUCUAACCUCGAGGCUACUAGAGUUCGGGUACAAUUGGUCAAUAAAGCUCCUUGCCAAAUGUGCAAGGGUCCUUCCGUCCUGCCAGCUUGCUGUUUUUGGCACUCCAGAGAUAUGCAAACAUCUUGUGUUCUCUCACGAAAGGAGCGUCUCCACCCCCACUGAGGUCCAGCUCCGAGGGCCUUCUGGCAGUUCCCUCCCUGUGAGAAGCGAGGUGACAGGGAACCAGGCAGAGGGCCUUCUCGGUGGUGGUACCCGCCCUGUGGAACGCCCUCCCAUCAGAUGUCAAGGAGAUAAACAACUAUCUGACUUUUAGAAGACUUCUGAAGGCUGCCCUGUAUAGGGAAGUUUCUAAUGUUUGAUGUUCUGUUGUGCUUUUGAUAUUCUGUUGGGAGCUGCCCAGAGUGGCUGGGGAAACCCAGCCAAAUGGGCGAGGUAUAAAUAAUAAAUUAUUAUUAUUAUCAAAAGGCAAGUGAGAAUGGGGAUGGGGUGGGGACGGAAGGAGAGAGAAACAGGUAAAGGUAAAGGGACUCCUGACCAGUAGGUCCAGUCGUGGCCGACUCUGGGGUUGCGGCGCUCAUCUCACUUUAUUGGCUGAGGGAGCCGGCGUACAGCUUCCGGGUCAUGUGGCCAGCAGGAAUAAGCCGCUUCUGGCGAACCAGAGCAGUGCACGGAAACACCGUUUACCUUCCCACCAGAGUGGUGCCUAUUUAUCUACUUGCACUUGGACGUGCUUUCGAACUGCUAGGUUGACAGGAGCAGGGACCGAGCAACGGGAGCUCACCCCGUCGUGGGGAUUCGAACCGCUGACCUUCUGAUCGGCAAGCCCUAGGCUCUGUGGUUUAACCCACAGCGCCACCCGCGUCCCUGGGGGUGAUCACAAGCAGGGUGUCCGAAAGAGGGAGCUAAAGCUGGGGCAGCGAUAAACCCGCCCGCACAUCUGCAAAGCUAAGCAGGGUCCGAUACGGUUUCAAAUUGGAUGGGGGCGGGGAGCUGCGUGUUGAGAUUCUUGCAUUGCAGGGGGUUGGACCAGAUGACCCCCAGGUGUCCCUUGCAACUCUGCCGUGCUGUGAUCCUGCAAAAAGAGAGAGGGAGGCAUGUAAUGCGAGAGAAAGGAGAGGAGGAUAUGAAAAGGAGAGGCGGAUAGAACGUUUGCGCUACCCAACUCUGGCAAAUGAACACAGAGGGAAUUUGGCCCUUGAAAGAAAAUGUGUUUUGGAGCCUGAGGUGGGAGCUUAUGUCCCUAAGGCACACCUGUGGACUUGGCACAGGUCUCCGCAAAAAUGCUUCUAUGGGUACCACCUUGUUCUCAUUAUGGUGUCUCUUGCCUGCAGGUUUCAGGUGUGCAACGGCAGACUUAAGAUGCUCCCAGGUAACACUGAUUCUGACAAACGGCUUAUUAGAAGAAAACACAUGAACUUGCAUGUUUGGCUGGCGGCCCUGUUUGCAGCUGAGCAGAAUGCUUUUUGGCACAAGGGGAUUUAUUUUCCCAACCGCGGCAUUCAUUCGGAAGCGAUCUAGCUGCAAAGAUUGCUCUGCCGCUGCCAUAUUAUGCAGACAGUUGUUGUUGUUCAGUCGUUUAGUCGUGUCCGACUCUUCGUGAACCCCUGGACCAGAGCACGCCAGGCACUCCUGUCUUCCACUGCCUCCCGCAGUUUGGUCAAACUCAUGCUGGUAGCUUCAAGAACACUGUCCCACCAUCUCGUCCUUUGUCGUCCCCUUCUCCUUGCGCCCUCCAUCUUUCCCAACAUCAGGGUCUUUUCCAGGGAGUCUUCUCUUCUCAUGAGGUGGCCAAAGUCUUGGAGUCUCAGCUUCAGGAUCUGUCCUUCCAGUGAGCACUCAGGGCUGAUUUCCUUCAGAAUGGAUCGGUUUGAUCUUCUUGCAGUCCUUGGGACUCUCAAGAGUCUCCUCCAGCACCAGAAUUCAAAAGCAUCAAUUCUUCGGCGAUCAGCCUUCUUUAUGGUCCAGCUCUCACUUCCAUGCAUCACUACUGGAAAAACCAUAGCUUGAACUAUACGGACCUUUGUUGGCAAGGUGAUGUCUCUGCUUUUUAAGAUGCUGUCUAGGUUUGUCAUUGCUUUUCUCCCAAGGAGCAGGCGUCUUUUAAUUUCGUGACUCCUGUCACCAUCUGCAGUAAUCAUGGAGCCCAAGAAAGUAAAAUCUCUCACUGCCUCCAUUUCUUCCCCUUCUAUUUUCCAGGAGGUGAUGGGCCCAGUGGCCAUGAUCUUCAUUUUUUUGUUGUUGAGCCAUAUUUUGCGCUCUCCUCUUUCACCCUCAUUAAAAGGUUCUUUAAUUCCUCCUCACUUUCUGACAUCAAGGUUGUGUCAUCUGCAUAUCUGAGGUUGGUUGAUAUUUCUUCCGGCAAUCUUAAUUCCGGCUUGGGAUUCAUCCAGCCCAGCCUUUCACAUGAUGAAUUCUGCAUAUAAGUUAAAUAAGCAGGGAGACAAUAUACAGCCUUGCCGUACUCCUUUCCCAAUUUUGAACCCAUCAGUUGUUCCAUAUCCAGUUCUAACUGUCGCUUCUUGUCCCACAUAGAGAUUUCUCAGGAGACAGAUGAGGUGAUCAGGCACUCCCAUUUCUUUAAGAACUUGCCAUAGUUUGCUGUGGUCGACACAGUCAAAGGCUAUGCAGAAGAAGAAGAAGAGUUUGGAUUUGAUAUCCCGCCUUUCACUCCCUUUUUUAAGGAGUCUCAAAGCGGCUAACAUUUUCCUUUCCCUUCCUCCCCCACAACGAACACUCUGUGAGGUGAGUGGGGCUGAGAGACUUCAGAGAAGUGUGACUGGCCCAAGGUCACCCAGCAGCUGCAGGUGGAGGAGCGGAGACGCGAACCCGGUUCCCCAGAUUACGAGACUACUGCUCUUAACCACUACACCACACUGGCUCUACUCAUAUGCAGACAGAACUGCUCUUAAAAAGCACAGGUGUGUCCAGGAUGGUAUUUUCCCCUUGGUCAGCAGUCGCCCUACAAGUUUCUAGUCCUUUGGCAUCAGUACACUCUCCCUUAUUUGGCAUAGAUAGCAAACUAUUGGCGUAGGACCAAGGUUUUAAACAUCUUCCUUUUGCGUUGCUGCUGGAAAACAGAGGGAAGCGGUGGGCGAGGGUCAGUUAUUAUAUUUCUGUGUUCUGUACACCUGAUAAAACCCUGUGACAACACAAGAACUUUGAACUUGACCUGGCAGCGCAUGGGCAGUCGAUACAGAUAUUUUCCAGGGGUGUCAUGUGCUGUUGCCUGUCUGCCCCCCUGUCUGCAGUCCACCCGCUGCAUUCUGCACCCUGCUGCUCAGUCCCUGCUCCUGUCCACCUAGCAGUUCGAAAGCACACCGGUGCAAGUAGAUAAAUAGGUACCGCUCCGGCGGGAAGGUAAACGGCGUUUCCAUGCACUGCUCUGGCUCACCAGAAGUGACUUAUGACCCGGAAGCUGUACGCCAGCUCCCUCGGUCAGUAAAGCGAGAUGAACACCGCAACCCCAGAGUCAGUCACGACUGGACCUAAUGGUCAGGGGUCCCUUUACCUACAGUAGGGAUGUGGGUGGCGUUGUGGUCUAAACCACGGAGCCUAGGGCUUGCCGAUCAGAAGGUCGUGGUUCAAAUCGCCGUGACGGGGUGAGCUCCCGUUGCUCGGUCCCUGCUCCUGCCAACCUAGCAGUUUGAAAGCACGUCAAAGCACAAGUAGAUCAAUAGGUACCGCUCCGGCGGGAAGGUAAACGGCGUUUUCGUGCGUUGCUCUGGUUCGCCAGAAGCGGCUUAGUCCUGCUGGCCACAGGACCUGGAAACUGUACGCCUGCUCCCUUGGCCAAUAAAGCGAGAUGAGCGCCGCAACCCCAGCGUCGGCCAUGACUGGACUUAACGGUCAGGGGUCCCUUUACCUUUACAGGGGAGAUUCCUGAAAUUACCACUCAGAGAGAGACGGAUAGACUCAGUCAUUCCUGUUCUCCUGCGCUGACCCUGGUACCAGACAGUUCAUUAAUGCUUUGGUUGUUGCUGGGACUCAGACAAAUGUAAAGUAUCAUAGAAUCAUAGAGUUGGAAGGGACCCCAGUGGUCAUCUAGUCCAGCCCCCUCCAAUGUAGGAAUCUCAACUAAAGCAUCCAUGACAAAUGGCCGUCCAACCUCUGCUUAAAAACCUCCCAGGAAGGAGAGCCUACCAUCUUCCGAGGGAAACCGUUCCACUGCCAAACAGCUCUUGCUGUCAGAAAGUUCUUCCUGAUGUUUAGUCGGAAUCUCCUUCCUUGCAACUUGAAGCCAUGGGUUCGAGUCCUACCCUUCAGAGCAGGAGAAGACAAACUUGUUUAUGUUCUCUCUUCCGUGUGACAGCCGUUGAGAUAUUUGAAGAUGGCUAUCAUAUCAUCUAGUCUCAGUGCCGGCGGCCCUUUUGAUUCCAUCUAAAUUCAUUAAUCUGUUGGUUGUUAGCAAGGAGUCGUGAUCAGAUGAACAUAGGUUAUCCAUUGUGGUUACACAGGAUGGAGAUUCCAUCUAAAUUUGAUUCCAUCUAAAUUCGUAUGGAAGUGAGAGCUGGACCAUAAAGAAGGCUGAUCGCCGAAGAAUUGAUGCUUUUGAAUUAUGGUGCUGGAGGAGGCUCUUGAGAGUCCCAUGGACUGCAAGAAGAUCAACCCUCUCCAUUCUGAAGGAAAUCAGCCCUGAGUGCUCACUGGAAGGACAGAUCCUGAAGCUGAGGCUCCAAGACUCUGGCCACCUCAGGAGAAGAGAAGACUCCCUGGAAAAGACCCUGAUGCUGGGAAAGAUGGAGGGCACAAGGAGAAGAGGACGACGGAGGACGAGAUGGUGGGACAGUGUUCUCGAAGCUACAAACAUGAGUCUGACCAAACUGCGGGAGGCAGUGGAAGACAGGAGUGCCUGGCGUGCUCUGGUCCAUGGGGUCACGAAGAGUCGGACACGAAUAAACGACUAAACAACAACAAAUUCAUUAAUCUAUUGGUUGUUAGCAGGGAGUGGCAAUCAGAUGGACAUAGGUUAUCCUUCGUUGUGGUUACGCAGGAUGGAGAUAGCAGCCCGGUGUCUGAAACACGCAACGAGGAUUUGCUAAUGUUCAAUCGACAAUAAGUGUGCAGAUUUUGCAAAGCGGUUUUAUGGCGCCAAACCCCACUGGAAUCCUGCCUAUGUUGUCAACAGAGGCUCGAGAAUUUGAGAGCUUGAGAUCUGCAGGUUAUUGGGGGGUCGUGCUCAUCUCAAGAAAAAAACAUCACCUGCAGAUUUUGGCCAGGGUGGGGGACAGGAUGCUCAACCGAGACCUUCCUUGCGCCUGAUCUAGCAGAGCUAUUGUCUUACUGUCUGAUGAAUGAUAGCAAAACAGGAGGUCUUGUCUGCGGGCAUCUGAGACCAAUGGCUGUGCCAUUGUGGGAACCGGAUGCUGGGCAAAAUGGGACCACUGGCCGUCUCCGAGACACCUCUGAAGUUCUUGCGAGUCACAGUGGGAGAGAAGCUCUUGCCCUCCUGCCUGUGGGUUAUUUUUCCUGGAGGGACCACAAAAAACCACAGGAUCCAGGACUUUUGAUGCAGGAGACAGAGCCGCAGGAAUCUCCUGAAGUUCUCACCAUCCUGCCAAGAGGACUCGGAUGAAACGCUUCUUCUCCUUCCACCCAGCAUGCCAGGAGAACUCUGCAGAAAGCUGGCAGGUCAUCAGAGGGGCAUCACGAUCUGUAUCCCUGCCUCCUGGAAGAAGAAGAGGAAGAUGCAAAUCUUCCUGGACAAUCCGUGACAUGUUUCAGAGUCCCAAAAGGAAUGUGCUAACCUUAUUGCAGGCAGGGGGUGGUGCCACAGGAGGAAGGGAUGUCAGAGAGGAAGGGAUCUCAGCUCUUACAGUAAAAGGUAAAGGGACCCUUGACCGUUAGGUCCAGUCAUGGCCGACUCUGGGGUUGCGGCCCAGAGCAGGGACCGAGCAACAGGAGUUCACCCCGUCAUGGGGAUUCGAACCACUGACCUUCUGAUCGGCAAGCCCAAGAGGCUCAGUGGUUUAGACCACAGCACCACCUGUGUCAACGGGUCAACACUGAACAUGACUAAUAUUAAAUGCAACUUGCAAUACAUACAACGGUGCUUUAAAGGUAAAGGUAAAGGGACCCCUGACCAUUAGGUCCAGUCGUGGACGACUCUGGGGUUGCGGCGCUCAUCUUGCUUUAUUGGCCGAGGGAGCUGGCGUCCAGCUUCCAGGUAUGUGGCCAGCAUGACUAAGCCGCUUCUGGCGAACCAGAGCAGCGCACGGAAACGCUGUUUACCUUCCCACCAGAGCGGUACCUAUUGAUCUACUUGCACUUUGAUGUGCUUUCAAACUGCUAGGUUGGCAGGAGCAGGGACCGAGCAACGGGAGCUCACUCCGUCGUGGGGAUUCAAACCACGACCUUCAUCAGAGAAAUGUCGGAGCGUACGGAAUUAUGUGAGCCAGGGGAUAAGUAACUCUGCAAUCUUUAGAAGACAUCUGAAGGCAGCACUGUACAGUCGUACCUCGGAAGUUGAACGGAAUCUGUUCUGGAAGUCCGUUCGAUUUCCAAAACAUUUGAAAACCACAGCGCGGCUUCCGAUUGGCUUCAGGAAGCUCCUCCAGCCAAUUGGAAGCUGCGGAAUCACCGUCGGACGUUCGACAUCCUAAAAUAGUUCGCAAACCGGAAUAGUCACUUCCGGGUUUGCGGCGUUCAGGAGCCAAAACAUUCAAAAAGUAAGCUGUUUGAAAACCAAGGUACGACUGUAUAGGGAAGUGGUUUUUUUAAUAUUUCAUUUUUUAUUAUGUUUUUAUCUCUGUUAGAAGCCGCCCAGAGCGUCUGGGGCAACCCAGUCAUAUGGGUGGGGUAUAAAUAAAAUUAAUAAUCAUCACCGUCAUGGAAUAGGGCAUCCCUAUUUUUAUCGGAGGCAUGUUGGAGGGUGUGGAAUAUUUUCAUCAGAGAAAUGUUGGAGGGGAUGAUAAUUCUCAGAUGACGUUGUUAUUAUGAUGAUGAUGAUGGAAUAGGACAGGCUUCCUCAACCUCGGCCCUCCAGAUGUUUUGAGACUACAAUUCCCAUCAUCCCUGACCACUGGUUCUGCUAGCUAGGGAUCAUGGGAGUUGUAGGCCAAAAACACCUGGAGGGCUGAGGUUGAGAAGGACCAGAACAGGACACCAGAGAAAUGCAAGAGGGUGCCGAAUAAUUCGGCAGAUUUCGGGAAUAACCUUUCUCUGCCCCCGAAAUAGCUACUGCCAGCCAGUGCUGCGCACACUAGGCGACAUGGGCAAAAGCGAGGGGUUGAUUUGAGCUGCUUUCCUGCAGAAGCAGCCCCGGUUUGCACGUGGGCUGCCGGGGAGGAAACAUCUGCAGGGUGCGAGUGCGAGUUUCGGAACACAAUGCUCUGCUCUCCUCGAGCAACCUUUGAGGUAAGGGACUGGCAGCUGCGAAGAUCUGUGGCCUUGGACCAAAAAAAAAGGAGAGAGAAUGCAAACCGUGGGUGGAGGCAGCCGAGUUAAUCUGAUAAAAAGGGAUCCUUAAAGGGAAACAUCGCCCUCCCCUUCUUAAUCUCAUUUGUUGCCUCUCCUGCUCUGAGCAGAGGCUGGAAGCUGCAACAGAGUCAUCAAAGGGAGCUGCUUUGGACCUCAAAAGCGGCUUUUGUGCAAGGUCAGAGCUUGGGGGUGGUCUCUGCGGGGGUGGUGGCUUGGCUGGCUUCGUUUCGGAGCAGGACCUCCCUGCCUGAGGGCCAUGGGGCCAGGCGUGCGGCCCUCGCGAAGGUAGCUCAUCGAGUGCUUCACCUGCGUGGAGGGUGUCGUUUGAUUGCAAUGGUGCUAUUGGGUUACCUGGGUGAAAGAUGGAGAGAUUUGAGCAGCAGGUGUGUGUGUGUGUGUGUGUGUGUGUGUGAGAGAGAGAGAGAGAGAGAGAGAGAGAGAGAGAGAGAGAAGGAGAAUGUAUAUCUCAGCCAGAUUGGUGCAGCCCCCAGAAAGUUGCCCAAAACGGAAUGCGGCCCGGCCUUCGACGUCCCAUUCAUGUUUUUAUUAUUUUAUUAUUAUUAUUAUUACAGCUACUACUAUAUGGGACGUGGUUGGCGCUGUGGGUUAAACCACAGAGCCUAGGACUUGCCGAUCAGAAGGUCGGCGGUUCGAAUCCCCACGACGGGGUGAGCUCCCGUUGCUCGGUCCCUGCUCCUGCCCACCUAGCAGUUCGAAAGCACGUCAAAGUGCAAGUAGAUAAGUAGGUACGCCUCCGGCGGGAAGGGAAACGGCGUUUCCGUGCGCUGCUCUGGUUCGCCAGAAGCGGCUUAGUCAUGCUGGCCACAUGACCCGGAAGCUGUACGCCGGCUCCCUCGGCCAGUAAAGCGAGAUGAGCACUGGAACCCCAGAGUCGGCCACGACUGGACCUAAUGGUCAGGGGUCCCUUUACCUUUACUGCUACUAUUUCAAAUCUUAUUUAUUGGUGUUUUCACAAAACAGAGAGAAAGACUUCACAAAUGUAAACAUAAAUAAAUGACUUUAUCCAUUGACUUCCCGACCUCGCCUCCUUUCCAUAUUUACCCUUCUCAUGUAUAUUUUGAGCAAUUUUUCUUAACAACUAACUCCGUUGCUCAUAUUUCAAGUCCUGCUCACAUUUUCGCAUCCCUAUAGUAGUUCUUUAAAUACUCAGUGACAGGUCUCCAGUCCUCAAUUAUUAUUUUUGGGGGCAUUUUGGUCUCUAAUGUUUGCUGUUAAUCUUGCCAGUUCCAUUUACUCCAUUGUUCUCAAAAGCCAUUUUUCUUUUGUUUUAAACCUCUCCUUUUUUCCAUAUUUGGGCAUACGGUGUGUGUGUGUGUGUGUGUGUGUGUGUUUUAACCAACUCUUUUGGUACAUCAUUAUCUAGAAUAUUAAUAUUGUUGUUGUUGUUGUUGUUGUUACCUUGCAGGGAGUCUCAGUUUUGAACCGUUUACUUGCGGAUAGAAAUGUAGCGCUCUCUGCGCACGUGGUCCCAGCGGUCUCGUAGGCAGCGUUGUUCAGUGAUUAGAAUAAGCAGGCUUUUGAACUGUUCAGCCCGCCAUCUUGAUACAAAAUGGCACCCGAGCGUUGGUGGAAACCUGUUGCUCACCCUCGGGCACUGUUGUGCAAAUCUUGAUAUCAUUACCCAAAAUGCACCGCAAGCAAACAACUUUCUAAAAUAUAGAGUUAGGUACACAUGUAGCUUUCGCUCUUUUGUUUUUAAUUACCGGUGUUUACUUGCUUUUGUUGUUGUUGUUUAGUCGUUUAGUCGUCUCCGCCUCCUGGUGAUCCCGUGGACCAGAGCACGCUAGGCACUCCUGUCUUCCACUGCCUCCCGCAGUUUGGUCAAACUCAUGCUGGUAGCUUCAAGAACACUGUCCCACCAUCUCGUCCUCUGUCGUCCCCUUCUCCUUGUGCCCUCCAUCUUUCCCAACAUCAGGGUCUUUUCCAGGGAGUCUUCUCUUCUCAGGAGGUGGCCAAAGUCUUGGAGCCUCAGCUUCACGAUCUGUCCUUCCAGUGAGCACUCAGGGCUGAUUUCCUUCGAAUGGAGAAGUUUGAUCUUCUUGCAGUCCAUGGGACUCUCAAGAGUCUCCUCCAGCACCAGAAUUCAAAAGCAUCAAUUCAUCGGCGAUCAGCCUUCUUUAUAGUCCAGCUUUCACUUCCAUACAUCACUACUGGGAAAACCAUAGCUUUUACUAUACGGACCUUAAAAUCAUAGAAAAGCCCAAAAAUAUUUUGGGGGGUGGAGGGAAGAGAUGUUCCUCAAAAAAAAACAAAAAAACACCUCAACAACUUUGACAACAACAAAAACAUGACAGCAACUUUGUCCAGGUUUUCACUGACGCACACCAGGAACUUCCAUGAUUCAUAGCUCAGUCUUGUAGUGAGUAGCCUUUGCUGAGAAGUAGAAGCAGAUUAUAGGAAAUAUUUGACACAUGCCGGUAUAAAAACAAGCCUAAAGCUGGCUGGUGUCUACAUGUAGUUAGCUGUGAGUUGCACCCUUUUCCUAGCUAAUCGCUUAAGCUUUUGUGAAAGCGUGGAAUGUGCAGAAACAUUUUAACUACUCAGUGGGGAGUGCUGUUGAUAGAGAAUUGUUGUUGUUGAUUUAUCGAUUAAGAAAUUUAGGUGCUUCCCUUUGGCACCAUAAACAACACAGCGUAUGUGUGUGUAUUGUUGAAACCAAGAUAAGUGCAGGAUUAGCUGUUGCCUGCAAUGAGUAAGUGAAUCCGCCAGAUUAUCGUGGAGCUCGUUGCACAUGUGUGGGUUUUUUGGGGUGGGAAGAGAUCAGGGCCUCAGGGCCUUGCUGGUGAAUCAGAGAUAUUCGAGGAGGAACUAAUCCUGACAACUGUGCUCUCUGCCCAGUGCCAGAUUUACAUUUAAGCUAAACAAGCUAUCACUUAGGGCCCCACUCUCUUGGGGGCCCCCAAAAAAAUUAAAGGAAAAAACCCACUGGAUGUACAUUUCCAGAAUAUAAGAUAAAAGUACGUUUCCGAGCACAAUUCAAAGUGCUGGUGCUGACCUUUAAAGCCCUAAAUGGCCUCGGUCCAGUAUACCUGAAGGAGCGUCUCCACCCCCAUCGUUCUGCCCGGACGCUGAGGUCCAGCGCCGGGGACCUUCUGGCGGUUCCCGCAUUGCGAGAAGCAAAGCUACAGGGAACCAGGCAGAGGGCCUUCUCAGUGGUGGCGCCCGCCCUGUGGAACGCCCUCCCAGCAGAUGUCAAAGAGAUAAACAACUACCUAACAUUCAGAAGACAUCUUAAGGCAGCCCUGUUUAGGGAAGCUUUUAAUGUUUGAUGUAUUACAGUAUUUUAAUAUUUUUCUGGAAGCCGCCCAGAGUGGCUGGGGAAGCCCAGCCAGAUGGGCGGGGUAUAAAUAAUAAAUUAUUAUUAUUAUUAUUAUUAUUAUUAUUAACAAAUAAAAUAAAACUGACCUACAGCAACAGUGUUUUGUGUUGUGUAGGCUUCUAUGAUGUAAGUCAUGGGCACCGCCUGCUAGCCUGCUCCCUAAAAUAUCACUGGUUUGCUCCUUUCUAUAUAUAGGGUGCCUGCAUUCUGCAUGGACUGGUUGCAUGGAAACAUGAGCCAAUGGCUUUAGAUACCUAUUGUUGUUGAGUCAUUUAGUCGUGUCCGCCUCUUCGUGACCCCCUGGACCAGAGCACGCCAGGCACUCCUGUCUUCCACUGCCUCCCGCAGUUUGGUCAAACUCAUGCUGGUAGCUUCGAGAACACUGUCCCACCAUCUCGUCCUCUGUCGUCCCCUUCUCCUUGUGCCCUCCAUCUUUCCCAACAUCAGGGUCUUUUCCAGGGAGUCUUCUCUUCUCCUGAGGUAGCCAAAUUCUUGGAGUCUCAGCUUCAGGAUCUGUCCUUCCAGUGAGCCCUCAGGGCUGAUUUCCUUUCAGAAUGGAUAGGAUUCUAACCUUUCCCAAGGGAUGCGGGUGGCUCUGUGGGUUAAACCACAGAGCCUAGGACUUGCUGAUCAGAAGGUCGGUGGUUCGAAUCCCCGCGACGGGGUGAGCUCCCGUUGCUUGGUCCUAGCUCCUGCCAACCUAGCAGUUCGAGAGCACCUCAAAGCGCAAGUAGAUAAAUAGGUACCACUCCGGCGGGAAGGUAAACGGCAUUUCGGUGCGCUGCUCUGAUUCACCAGAAGCGGCUUAGUCCUGCUGGCCACAUGACCCGGAAGCUGUAUGCCGGCCCCCUCGGCCAAUAAAGCGAGGUGAGCGCCGCAACCCCAGAGUCGGCCACGACUGGACCUAAUGGUCAGGGGUCCCUUUACCUUUACCUAACCUUUCCCAGGAUUCUAACUGAAUAUUAUAUCCAAGAUAUUUUGCCCACCAAUGAUUCUAAGGUAACCUUCUACAGAAGCACUUUUUGCUCCUGGCACCACCUUGGGCAUGGUAGAGGUCCCUGAUCUAAAUGACCGCAUCUGGGAAGAGGAUGUUGAAGGCGAUGGAUUUUGGGGCAGAAUAUCUCUCCUGACUCUCUGACUUUCUGGUUCUCUCUUUUGCAAUCCUCUUCUCCUUCCCAGACAGCGAGUGUGGGCAGCCUUUGCCACCCGCAGGCCCUGCGGACGAGGCUAGAAUUUAUAGUGGCGAGGGAGCAAAGAGAGAAUCUGGCUGGCUGCCCCACGACUUGCUCUCCUUUUCUCGGUGACAAAGGAAAGCUGAAGGGAAGGGAGCGCCAGGGCCUACAUCUUUGCUGCAAACAGUUUCGAGCACACAGAUCUGUUUCCAUGCAAACGGCAAAGGUUCGGGGCAGGUUUCCCAGCCGAACAUGUUUGUAAAAGAAAAACCUUUUUAUUUAUUUAUAGAUAGAUUGAUAGAUAUUUAUAGAGAUAUAUUAUAGAAAUGUGUGUGUGUGUGUGUGUGGUCCAUACAUAAAGAUAACAAAGAAGAAAAAGUUGACAAUAAUAAAGGAAAAAGAAUGAAACAGGAAAAAAAAGAAAAAGAAAAAAGAAUAUAAAACAUACAAUACAACAAAUCAUCACUUGACUAACAAUUAAUUAAUUAAGAUCCAUCUUCAUAAACAUAUUAUUAUUUAACUUCCUCAAACCUCUUCCAUCUGAAUUUCUUAGUAAUUAUAUAUAGCAGUUUCCUGUAUCGUUGUUUCAUAAACCGUAUCACAGUCGUCAUCAUCAUAUUUCCUAACUUUUCUUUUCGUACAUUUUCUUAUUUAUAUAUUUAAUCCCAAUUUUAAUCCUAGGCCUAAUUGAUUCUUUCAAGUGAUUACGUAUCUUUAAUAUUACAAUAUUUAUUCAAAUACCGUAUUUUUCGCUCUAUAAGAGGCACCGGACCACAAGACGCACCUAGUUUUUGGAGGAGGAAAACAAGAAAAAAAAUAUUCUGAAUCUCAGAAGCCAGAACAGCAAGAGGGAUCGCUGCGCAGUGAAAGCAGCAAUCCCUCUUGCUGUUCUGGCUUCUGGGAUAGCUGCGCAGCCUGCAUUCGCUCCAUAAGACGCACACACAUUUCCCCUUACUUUUUAGGAGGGAAAAAGUGAGUCUUAUAGAGCAAAAAAUACGGUAGUCGGUUCCCCUUUCAAUGUGAACUGCAUCCAAUUUCUCUCCUCCGGCCUGAUUCAUUAGAUGUCUGCAAUGGAACUUUAGCAAGCAGGUGGUUGAGAAAUGAAAUUAUGGGGUGCUGGUGAAAAGCAAAGAUUAUUAUCUGUGAUUAAUGGAGUUAAAUGUAUGCCAAACAGGCACAUACCUUUGGCAAUUUAAUGGGCUGUUGCCUAACUCAUUGUGCAUCACACAUUUGUAUCUCAUAGGGCGAUCAGGGUAGCCGAACCCCAACCAGGUUGCGUUGCCUUCUCUGAGUCAGCACGUCCUGGUGUGACCCAAAAUCGUUCUCAAGGAUGGGCACAAUGAAGGCUCAUCAGAAUGGAGCCUUGGCAAGGGGUAAAGUAAAGGUAAAGGGACCUCUGACUAUUAGGUCCAGUCGUGGCCAACUCUGGGGUUGUGGCGCUCAUCUCGCUUUAUUGGCCGAGGGAGCCGGCGUACAGCUUCCGGGUCAUGUGGCCAGCAGGACUAAGCCGCUUCUGGCGAACCAGAGCAGCGCACGGAAACGCUGUUUACCUUCCCGCUGGAGCGGUACCUAUUUAUCUACUUGCACCGGUGUGCUUUCAAACUGCUAGGUUGGCAGGAGCAGGGACCGAGCAACGGGAGCUCACCCCGUCACAGGGAUUCGAACCGCCAACCUUCUGAUCGGCAAGCCCUAGGCUCUGUGGUUUAACCCACAGUGCCACCCGCGUCCCAUUGGCAAGGGGUACACAAGCACAAACGCACAAACAUUUAUAUCAGGGUCUUGAGUUCGAGUCGCACUCUAGACAAGAGAUUCCUGCAUAGAAGCGGGUUAGACUAGAUGACUCUUGGGGUCUCUUCCAACUCUACAGUUCUAUGAUAUUGGAGCCAGAAAAAUCGGGAACGUGGACAGCCCCAAAGUGAGAGAUGGGCUAUCAAAGUGCUGCAAAGUGCCAAAGAUUUCAGACCUUCCAAGUGUCCUUAGUUUCCAGGGACAGUCCCGGAUUUACAGAUAAUAAUAACAUUUAUUUACCCUGCUCAUCUGGCUGGAUUUCCCCAGCCACUGUGGGCGGCUUCCAACAGAAUAUUAAAAACACGAUAAAACGCCAAACAUUAAAAACUUCCCUCAACAGGGCUGCCUUCAGAUGUCUUCUAAAAGUCAGGUAGUUGUUUAUUUCCUUGGCAUCUGAUGGGAGGGCGUUCUACAGGGCGGGUGCCACCACCGAGAAGGCCCUCUGCCUGGUUGCCUGCAACCUCACUUGUCACAGGGAGGGAAACACCAGAAGGCCCUUGGAGCUGGACCUCAGUGUCCAGGCUGGACAAUGAGGGUGGAGAUGCUCCUUCAGAUAUACUGGGCCGAGGCCAUUUAGGACUUCAAAGGUCAGCACCAACACUUUGAAUUGUGCUUGGAAGCGUCCUGGGAGCCAAUGUAGGUCUUUCAGGACCGGUGCUAUAUGUUCUCGGCGGCCACUCCCAGUCCCCAGUCUAGCUGCUGCCCCGGUUUCUGAUUUUAUCUCAGAAUGUCCCGCUUUUCCUUAGGACGUCCUUAUUUGCAUCGGAGAAUUGGGAGCAUGUGGAAUAAAGGUAAAGGUAAAGGGACCCCUGACCAUUAGGUCCAGUCAUGACUGACUCUGGGGUUGCGGCGCUCAUCUCGCUUUAUUGGCCGAGGGAGCCGGUGUUCAGCUUACGGGUCAUGUGGCCAGCAUGACUAAGCCACUUCUGGCGAACCAGAGCAGCGCACGGAAAGGCCGUUUACCUUCCCGCUGGAGCGGUACCUAUUUAUCUACUUGCACCGGUGUGCUUUCAAACUGCUAGGUUGGCAGGAGCAGGGACCGAGCAACGGGAGCUCACCCCGUCAUUGCGGGGAUUCGAACCGCCGACCUUCUGAUCGGCAAGCCCUAGGCUCUGUGGUUUAACCUUGCAUGUAGAAUAGGAUGUCCCUAUUUUCAUUGGAGAAGUGUUGGCAGGAAUGUCUCUGCUUUUAUCGGAGAACUGUUGGAGGGGAUGGAAUCGGAUGUCCUUAUUUUCAUCGGAGAAACGUCGGAGGGUGUUUUGAUGGCAAGCAGGGAGAAAGGGAAGCAAGUCCUGUAGGCCCAUGGCCUUGCGUCAAGCGAUGCUCUCUGUUGAGUUCCAAAAUAACGCUGGAAAUUUGGAGCGAGGCCAGAUGCGAUGACUCAAGGCUCGGAAAUCCAACUCAAAGGGAGACAUGCUGGAAACUUGAUCCCUCCCCCAUUCAUGGAGAUCAACCUUCGCUGAGCUUUCGUGGCCCUGCCACCCACCCACUCACCCUUGCUGGCUGAAUCACAACCGCAGGGAAAAUGUCAGGAGGUUGUGACGAGAAAAGCUUUGCUUUCCUGUGGGUGUAAUUCCCAAAGAACAGCGCCGCAUGAGAGGAGCCUCGCGGACUGUUCUGCAUUUUUGCAUUUUGUCGCUGGGAUGGGUGUUCCCUCUGAAUGGAAGCCAAACAGGCUACCGUUGCCUUACAUGCUUCUCCUUUCGUCUUCUUUGGCGAUCCAUUGUAGCCAAGUAAGAUUGUCUCCCAUAAACACGGUUUUAACAGUGAGUCCGUAAGUGACUGUGGAGGCCAAUUCUGGAUCCCCAUGUCCUUCCGCAGUGGGGACAUAGGUUUCCAGGUGGGAGUUGAUCCCGGUGAGGGUUUGCCAAGCGUGCCUUCCUCUUAGCGCAUUUCUCCCUUUCGUCCUGAGUUCGAGUGUCUUCAAAGCCCACGACACCUUUGCUAAAGGCUGUUCUCCAACUGGAGCGCUCGCAGGCCAGUGUUCCCCAGUUGUCGGUGUUUAUACAGUCAUACCUCAUGUUACAUUUGCUUCAGGUUGAGCGUUUUCAGGUUGCGUCCCACGGCAACCCGGAAGUACCAGAAUGGGUUACUUCCGGGUUUCGCCGACGCUCAAAAUGACGUCAUGUGCAUGCACAGAAGCGGCGAAUCGUGACCCACACACGCGCAGACGCGGGUUGUGUUCUGCUCAUGUUGCGAACGGGCCUCCGGAACGGAUCCCGUUCGCAACCAGAGUUACCACUGUGCUACAUUUUUUAAAGAUUUGCCUUGAGAGAGUCUUUAAGCCUCUUUUGUUGACCAACAGCAUCACGCUUUCCAUUUUUAAGUUAAGAAUAGAGUAGUUGCUUUGGAAGACGAUUAUCAGGCAUCCGCACAACAUGACCAGUCCAACAAAGUUGAUGUUGAAGAAUCAUUGCUUCAACACUGGUGAUCAACACUUCAUCCAGUACACUGGCAUUAGUUCGUCUGUCUUCCCAAGUGAUGUGUAAAAAUUUUCAGAGACACCGUUGAUGGAAUAUUUCGAGGAGUUGGAGAUGGCGUUUAUAACUGGUCCAUGUUUCACAAGCAUGCAGUAAGUUUGGUGGUGCAAUAGCUUUGUAAACAAGCAUUUUGGUUUCCCUGUGAAUGUACGGCCAACCGCCUUUGUAGAAGCAUAUGUCUGUCUCCUCAUUGCUGUGCUGAAAGGGAUGGAUCCAAAUGUAACUGUUGAUGAAACAAAGCAGAAUUAUCCACUCCACCCAUUAGGACUGGAUAUUGAUAUAUCCAGCACUUUUUUUCAGCCAAACCUCACCAGAACUCAGUUCCGGCACCUCUCAGGUGGGCACUGUUGCCAUUCUCAAAGGGAAGCGAUCAUGGUGAGUUCUGGCACCUCUUUUCCCAGAAAAAGAUAUCGUCCAAAACUGGUUUGAAGUCUGUAUCAUGAUAUCGGAUCCAUCUCUUCAAAUUGUCUGCCGUUUGCAGCUCAGGAAAGCAAACUACAGCCGUAGCUUGGUUCGCGAACGUAAUCCGUUCCCAGAAGUCCGUUCGACUUCUGAAAAUGUUCGAAAUCAAAGUUCGGCUUCCGAUGGGCUGCAGGAAGUUCUGCCUCCCAGCAAUGUUCAGAAACUGGAACACUUUCAGCAUUCGGGAGCCAAAACGUACGGGUAACAAGGCAUUCAGGGACACGGGUGGUGCUGUGGCCUAGGGCUUGCCAAUCAAAAGGUCGGCGGUUCGAAUCCCCGCGACGGGGUGAGCUCCCGUUGCUCGGUCCCUGCUCCUGCCAACCUAGCAGUUUGAAAGCACGUCAAAGCGCAAGUAGAUAAAUAGGUACCGCUCCGGCAGGAAGGUAAACAGCAUUUCUGUGCGCUGCUCUGGUUCGCCAGAAGCGGCUUAGUCAUGCUGGCCACAUGACCCAGAAAAACUGUCUGCAGACAAACGCUGGCUCCCUCAGCCAGUAAAGCAAGAUGAGUGUCACCACCCCAGAGUCGUCCGCAACUGGACUUAAGGGUCAGGGGUCCCUUUACCUUUACAGUGGUACCUCGGGUUACAUAUGCUUCAGGUUACAGACUCCGCUAACUCAGAAAUAUUACCUCGGGUUAAGAACUUUGCUUCAGGAUGAGAACAGAAAUUGUGCUCUGGUGGUGCGGCAACAGCGGGAGGCCCCAUUAGCUAAAGUGGUGCUUCAGGUUAAGAACAGUUUCAGGUUAAGUACGGACCUCCGAAACAAAUUAUGUACUUAACCUGAGGUACCACUGUACUAACAAGGUACGACUGUAUGUGCUGGAUUUUUUAUUUUUGGUGUGGGGAGUGAAGAGAUAUUCAGGAGUCUUUCGGGAGUGGAAGUGAAUGCAGCUGCCAAUCAUCCUUUUUACCACCCCAAUGAUGAUAAACAGAAACUUUUACCACCUUGAGGAUGAUAACCUGAAACAGCACGAUUUCUGUGUGGGACAACUGCAUAUUCCGGCAUUGCAGGGGGUUGGACUAAAUGAUCGUCAGGGUCCCUUUCAAUUCUAUACCGUAUUUUUCGCUCCAUAAGACGCACCAGACCAUAAGACGCACCUAGUUUUUGGAGGAGGAAAACAAGAAAAAAAAUAUUCUGAAUCCCAGAAGCCAGAACAGCAAGAGGGAUCGCUGUGCAGCGAAAGCAGCGAUCCCUCUUGCUGUUCUGGCUUCUGGAAUAGCUGCGCAGCCUGCAUUCGCUCCAUAAGACGCACACACAUUUCCCCUUACUUUUUAGGAGGGAAAAAGUGAGUCUUAUAGAGCAAAAAAUACGGUAAUUCUGUGAUUCCGUGAUUCUUUCCCCAAGCCUUAAUAGCAACCAUUCUCCCGAGUUCCUCGCGAGUUGCUGCAGAGCCAAGCGCUCCCAAUUCUCUGUUGCAGUCUCCGUAUGAAAUGUUGUUUGUUGUUUGUUCCUUUGCAUUCAUUGCGACGUGCAUUGCAAACACGUCCUCCGUUGUCUGGAAGCCGGCUUGCAAUUAUAAUUGCAUUUAAUACCAACAGGUGGGGCCUACAGCAAAGGUCUCUGCCUUAGUUUUGUUUUCAAAGGAACGGCAUUCAAAUUUUCAAAUGUCCUGUUACAGGAGCUGGGCUUGUAUACAAACAGCCUGCGGUUAAUUAACGAACAAAGCUGUUUUUGCUAUUUCAAAUUAUCAAGUGUGGUUUGGUGCGGGGGGUGAAGAUAAGGAAUACAGUAGCCUUUCCGCAAGACGUUGGAAAGAGAGAGAAAGAUACACGUUUAGACAGAACCAGUUUAUCAUCCAUUGAAGCUGGACUGAGGGAUACUUCUCUGAACACCAAACCUGAAUUUUGCCGUUCUGGAUUUCCUGAUCUUUUCAUCGUUCCUCACCUUCUCCCGAGGGAGACCGUUCCACUAAUGAAUGGUUCUUACCGCCAUCCUUAAAUCACCAGAAAGUUUCCCCCAGAUGUUUAGUCGGCUUCUCCUUUCUCGUAACUCAAAGCCCUUGAUUUGAGUCCUACCUUCCAGGAACAGGAGGAAACCAGCUUGCUCCAUCUUCCCAAAAUUUGGAACCCUCUCCUAACAUCUGCCAAACCGUCGCGGUUGUUUUGCAGUACAAGUUAGCGAUUGGAACUCAAGCCUCAUAGCUAUCACCCCAAACCCCAACCGAUUCGCUCCAAAACAGGGUGUGGCAACAGUUUUGCAGCCCAAAACCAGAUAUACAGUGGUACCUUGGUUCUCAAACGCCUUGGUUCCUGGAAGUAAGUGUUCCGGUUUUCGAACGUUUUUCGGAAACCGAACGUCCAAUGUCAGCUAUUGUUUCCAGGGCGCCUGCACCAAUCAGAAGCCGCGCCUUGGUUUCCGAACAUUUCGGAAGUCAAACGGACUUCUGGAACGGAUUAAGUUGGGCGCUUUUGUUUUUGAGGCUUUUUCGGUUCAUUUGUUUUCGUGGCUGUGUGGAACCCAGUUCAGCUACUGAGUGAGUGAGUGAUUGUGGAAAUGGAUAAAAGCCCCCCAUCUAAACAAUGACUAUCAUCAGUGCAGAUAAAAAAAUAAUAAUAACUUUAAUUUUCAUCAUCUACAAUACUGUGAUAUUUAUUUUAUAGUACAGUACAUUGAUUACUGCUUUCAUUUUAUGGAUCAAUGGUCUCGCUAGAUAGUAAAAUUCAUGUUCAGUUGCUGUUUCAGGGCUUGUUUUUAAAAGUCUGGAACGGAUUAAUCCGUUUUGCAUUACUUUCUAUGGGAAAGCACGCCUUGGUUUUGGAACGCUUUUGGUUUUGGAACGGACUUCCGCAACAGAUUAAGUUUGAGAACCAAGGUACCACUGUAUGUGAAAGUAUUGACUUUCAAGUUUCCCAAAGGGGUGGAGAUAUAGCUGUAUUGUUUUUAACACUCGAUUGGUAGCCACCCAGAGUGGCUGGGGAAACUCAGCUAGAUUUGCGGGGUAUAAAUAAUAAAUUAUUAUUAUAAAUUAUUAUUAUAUCAAGCUCCUCCUCCCUCUGUAAAGAUAAGGAGUGAACUCCGUGUCCAAAUGGGGAGUUGAACCCUGCUCUCCCAGAUCUGACACUCUAACCACUACACCACGCUGCCUUGCCACAUAUUUUCCCCGUUGUCUCCCUCUCACCUCGUUCUCUCUUUCUUCUCCUGUGGGCAGGAUGGUGCUACCAGUGACCGAAUGGAUUUGGCGCCACGAAUACUGGCUCCCACCAGGGAUCACCUGGGAGGACAUGAAGGAGACAGAAGAGAUCAGCUACCCUCAGCCCCGCCACCUCUUGCUGAGCCUGCCCUUGGCCCUCCUGCUUGUGGUGAUCCGCUUCUUCUUCGAAAGGUAUGUUAAAUUGAUGCAAGCUCUGACGAGCCUCCAUGUUCAGGGGUAAAGGUAAAGAGACCCCUGACCAUUGGGUCCAGUCGUGGACGACUCUGGGGUUGCGGCGCUCAUCUCGCUUUACUGGCUGAGGGAGCCGGCGUACAGCUUCUGGGUCAUGUGGCCAGCAUGACUAAGCCGCUUCUGGCGAACCAGAGCAGCGCACGGAAACACCGUUCAACUUCCCGCCGGAGCGGUACCUAUUUAUCUACUUGCGCUUUGACGUGCUUUCGAACUGCUAGGUUGGCAGGAGCAGGGACCGAGCAAUGGGAGCUCACCCUGUCGCGGGGAUUCGAACCGCCGACCUUCUGAUCGGCAAGCCCUAGGCUCUGUGGUUUAACCCACAGCGCCACCUGCGUUCCUUAUGUUCAGGGGUGGCCUACCUCUAAAAACUAGUGUCUGGGGGUAGGGGGGGAAACUGGUGGCAAAAAAUUGAUGCCUUUGCACCUUGUUUGUGGCAUCCUGCUGAAGGUCACUGGGGGAAAAGGUCCCUGAAUCAUUUUAUUAGGAUAAAAAAGGUAAAGGUAAAGGACCCCUGACAGUUAAGUCCAGUUACAAACGACUCUGGGAUUGUGGCGCUCAUCUCGCGUUACUGGCCAAGGGAGCCGGCGUUUGUCCGCAGACAGUUUUUCCGGGUCAUGUGGCCAGCAUGACUAAGCUGCUUCUGGCGAACCAGAGCAGCGCACGGAAACGCCAUUUACCUUCCCGCCGGAGCGGUACCUAUUUAUCUACUUGCACUUUGACGUGCUUUCGAACUGCUAGGUUGGCAGGAGCUGGGACUGUUCUCCAACUGGAGGGUUACAUACACUUCAGGUUACAUACACUUCAGGUUACAUACACUUCAGGUUACAGACUCCGCUAACCCAGAAAUAGUGCCUCGGGUUAAGAACUUUGCUUCAGAAUGAGAACAGAAAUUGUGCUCCGGUGGCACGGCAGCAGCAGGAGGCCCCAUUAGCUAAAGUGGUGCUUCAGGUUAAGAACAGUUUCAGGUUAAGAACGGACCUCCAGAACGAAUUAAGUACUUAACCCGAGGUACCACUGUAGUUGCUUUGGAAGACGAUAACCAGGCAUCCGCACAACGUGACCAGUCCAACGAAGUUGACGUUGAAGAAUCCUUCAACAUGGGCGAUCUUUGCUUCUUCCAAAUCAAACAUUAUAAGCUUCCCGGAACACGGCUGCCUUCAUAUGUCUAUGAAAAAUUAUAUAGUUGUGGAACUCUUUGACAUCUUCAGGGUGGGUGCCACUCCCGAAAACGCCUUCUAGCCUUGCCCCCUGUGGUUUCACCGUAUCGUCUACACCAGGCAGGUCCAACUCCCAAGCGACCGCGAUCUACUCCCAGUAUUAAAAAAACUGGCUGCGAUCUACCCAUUGUCGUUGCCAAGAGUUGCCGAGCUUUUUUUGGAGGGAGAGACCAAAGUUGUUUAGCAUUUGGGGGGAGGGGAUCGAGCUGCGAUACAGACACCCCCACGAUCAACCUUUAGGACAUGCCUGGUCUACACUGACUGGCAGCGACUCUUUCAGAACAUUUAUCGUUUUACUUCUGAUGGCCAGCAUCAAUAAUAAUAAUAAUAAUAAUAAUAAUUUUAUUUAUACCUCUCCCUUCCCAGUUCAAAAACCGGGCUCAGGGCAGCUAACAACAAAUUUAAAACACUUAAUUAUAAAAGCAGCAGAAAAUACAGUAUAAAAAAAACAAUAAAAUUCAAAAAUCAAAAAUCAGUUUAGGGGAAAUAAGCAUGGGCUCCAUACAACCCAUACUGUUAAACUGCAUUUCACCACCCCACAAAAAAGUGGGAACUGUAAUAAUAAUAAUAAUAAUAAUAAUAAUAAUUUUUAUUUAUACCCUGCCCUUCCCGGUUCAAAAACCAGGCUAAGGACUGCUAACAACAAAUUUAAAACACUUUAAAACACUUAAUUAUAAAAGCAGCAUAAAAUACAGUAUAAAAACAUGAAGAACCAUAAAAUUCAAAAAUUAAAAAUCAAUUAGAUAAUCCCCAGGGCUAGCUGGCUGAAUUGGCCCUACUUGAGCCAGGGGAGAAUUAGCUGUGGGGUCUCAGAGUGGGUGAUCUUCAUAAAAGGGGAGGGAAGAGAAGGGAAAUAAAAGAUCAGGCUGGAUUCAAAUUAAAGGCCAGGCAGAAUAGCUCUGGCUUACAGGCCCUGCGGAAGGAGGUUAAAUCCUGCAGGGCCCUGGUCUCAUGGGACAGAGCAUUCCACCAGGUCGGAGCCAUCACUGAGAAGGCCCUGGCCCUGGUGGAGGAUAGUCUGACUAUCAAGGCCUCUGACAGAGCCCCCAAACACCCCUGCAGGAGUCCCCAUGACAAACCCUGUUCUUCCCAGGUUUUAUCUCACGAAGUUUGCAAAUGGUGAAAUUCUGGCUUUUGUGGGUAUCCGGAUUCAAAAAUGAUGUUUCCAGGGACUGAAGAACCUUUGAAGCUGAAGUUUGGUUAACCGCCAGCAUUCCUAAACAUUCCUGGUCUAUGAGGAGUCGUGCCACAACUUGCUGUCUGUGACUUCCGCAAGGCACGGAUAGCCAAGCGUUCCCAAACUGUUUAUCUCCAAGCGAUCGCCUGGAAGCCUGGAGGAUUGGGGUACACUUUGUUCUGCACCCCAGUGAAGCUACCCAGUCACCCACACUUCGCAGCCAAGGUGAUGACUUUCCAUGGCAUGUUUAAGCCUCAGUUGCAGAGCUGUCUCACCCAAACUAAGCCUCCUAAAGCAAAAUAUACAGUGGUACCUCGGGUUACAGAUGCUUCAGGUUACAGACUCCACUAACCCAGAAACAUUACCUCGGGUUAAGAACUUUGCUUCAGGAUGAGAACAGAAAUCGCGCAGCGGCAGUGGGAGGCCCCAUUAGCUAAAGUGGUGCUUCAGGUUAAGAACAGUUUCAGGUUAAGAACGGACCUCCAAAACGAAUUAAGUUCUUAACCCAAGGUACAAUUGUAUGCUGCUACUACUACUACUACUACUACUAAUAAUAAUAAUAAUAAUAGUAAUAAUUUUAUUAUUUAUACCCCACCCAUCUGUCUGGGCCACUCUCAGCGGCUUCCAACACAUAUAAAAGCAAAAUAAAACAUCAAACGCUAAAAACCCAUACUAGAAGGUUUAGUUCGGUCAGAAUCAGGUAUACCUUGGUUGAUGAACUCCUUAGCAGUUGAACGUUUUGGUUCCCAGACCCGGAAGUGAGUGUUUGUGAACGUUCUUUCAGAAGCCGAACGUCUGGCGGGGCUUCCGUGGCUUCCGAUUGGCUGCAGGAGCUUCCUGCAGCCAAUUAGAAACUGCAGUUUGGUUUUGGAAGUUGAAUGGACUCCCGGAACGGAUUCCGUUCAGCUUCCAAGGUAUGACUGUACAUGACUUCUGGUAAACGAGCCACCGUAGCCGCUAGAGGGCCGUGAAAAUUAGUGUCCCGGGCUUUUUAGACUCGUUUACCUAUGUAUUGGUCAAAAUAAUGAGUUUGACCAAGCUGCGGGAGGCAGUGGAAGACAGGAGUGCCUGUCGUGCUCUGGUUCAUGGGGUCACGAAGAGUCGGACACGACUGAACAGCUAAACAACAACAACCUAUGUAUUAUCUGAAACAAAGGAGCACAUAGGUUGCCGGAUGUGAAAUAUGUUGGCAUUAUGUUGGCUCUCCUACCCAAAUAUUCUGGAUUAGUUGUCAUUUCCAAGUCACCUUCAAAGGUAGCCCCACGUAGAGCGCAUGGCAGUAGUCCAAGCGGGAGAUAACUAGAGCAUGCACCACUCUGGCGAGACAGUCUGCAGAUAGGGAGGGUCUCAUCCUGCGUACCAGAUGGAGCUGGUAGACAGGCGCCCUGGACGCAGAAUGGACCUGCGCCUCCAUGGACAUCUGUGAGUCCAAAAUGACCCCCAGGCUGCGCACCUGGUCCUUCAGAGGCACAGUGACCCCAUUCAGGACCAGGGAGUCCUCCACACCCGCCCGCCUCCUGUCCCCCAGAAACAGCACUUUUGUCUUGUCAGGAUUCAACCUCAAUCUGUUAGCUGCCAUCCAUCCUCCAACCACCUCCAGACACUCACACAGGACCUUCACCGCCUUCACUGCUUCUGAUUUGAAAGAGAGGUAGAGCUGGGUAUCAUCUGCAUACUGGUAAACACCCAGCCGAACCCCCCACAGUCCUUACGCAUAGAUACUAAUUAAACACCACAAAUCCCUAUCGAGGUCACAUCAAGGCAGUCUUCUCUCCCAGUUAGAACAUACGAGUCCUAAUUAAAUCCUAAUAUUACUAAACAUUUAAUACCAUAGAUGAAGGCACGUCCAGCUCUCAAGAUACUGCAAUAUACUCCCAGUAUAUAAAAAAAGGCAGUGAUCUACCCAGGGACAGAGAAGGAGCGUGCGUGGGGUGGUGGAUGGAAAGAGAUGUUGAUCUUUUUAUUGGGGUUUGCAAAACUCCGCUCAUCCUAAACUCCAGCGUUGUCAAUCGCACGCACGUCUGCCGCCGGCUGCCAGGAAAGAAAUGAUUGACAACAUGCAACGCACCCAAAUAUAGGUCCCACGAUCAACAGCAAUCACCCCGGGAUCUGGCUGUUGAUCACGGUCGACCGCCUGGACAUGUCUGCCAGAGAUCUAUUACACCAGGGGUCAGCAAACUUUUUCAGCUGGGGGCCGGUCCGCUGUCCCUCAGACCUUGUGGGGGCGGACUAUACUUUGGGGGGGAAAUGAACGAAUUCCUAUGCCCCACAAAUAACCCAGAGAUGCAUUUUAAAUAAAAGCACACAUUCUACUCAUGUAAAAACACCAGGCAGGCCCCACAAAUAACCCAGAGAUGCAUUUGAAAUAAAAAGACACAUUCUACUCAUGUAAAAACACGCUGAUUCCCGGACUGUCCGCAGGCUGGAUUUAGAAGGCGAUUGGGCCGGAUCCAGCCCCUGGGCCUUAGUUUGCCUAGCCAUGUACAGUAGUACCUCGGGUUACAGACACUUCAGGUUACAGACUCCGCUAACCCAGAAAUAUUACCUCGGGUUAAGAACUUUGCUUCAGGAUGAGAACACAAAUCGUGCGGCGGCGGCAGCAGGAGGCCCCAUUAGCUAAAGUGGUGCUUCAGUUUAAGAACAGUUUCAGGUUAAGAACGGACCCCCAGAACGAAUGAAGUUCUUAACCCGAGGUACCACUGUAUUACACCACCUUUUUAAACAGGGAAGAUCAGAAAAGGACAUCACGGACGGGGCAAGAGGAUAUUUGUCUCGGGCAUCCAUCUUUGCAGAAUUUCAUUUCUCGGCGCAUGAGCUCCUGGCAGCUUUCUUUCCCGGAGCAAAUCCGCCCUCCGCCCCCAGAACACCCUUUGCGAGUCCUCGGUGCGACGCGUUCUUUCCGUAAAACCCGACAGGCAAUAAAAAGAUCAGCCCAAAGCCCUAUGAAAACCGCCUCCAGCGAAAGCCCAUAAAAUGAUUCCCAGCAUUUAGGUGACUCCGUCUGGAAACCAAAUGCAACUCGCAACAGAAUGGCAGCUUCUGAAAAGGUGCCUAUUUGUGCCACAGCAGUUCUGAUUUCUCAGUAAAGCCCCCUUUCCCUGUAGCGUAGAAUCAUGGAAUCGCCAGAAAUGUAAAGAAAGGGAAGGUAUCUUCUACCGCAUGUGGUGGACUUGUAAAGAGGUAAAGGCUUUCUGGGAAGUGGUAUUGUUGUUGUUGUUUAGUCGUUUAGUCGUGUCCGACUCUUCAUGAGGAAUUGAUGCUUUUGAAUUCUGGUGCUGGAGGAGACUCUUGAGAGUCCCAUGGACUGCAAGAAGAUCAGACCUCUCCAUUCUGAAGGAAAUCAGCCCUGAGUGCUCACUGGGAGGACAGAUCCUGAAGCUGAGGCUCCAAGACUUUGGCCACCUCAUGAGAAGAGAAGACUCCCCGAAAAAGACCCUGAUGUUGGGAAAGAUGGAGGGCGCAAGGAGAAGGGGACGAUGGAGGACGAGAUGGUGGGACAGUGUUCUCAAAGCAGCCAACGUGAGUUUGACCAAACUGCGGUAGGCAGUGGAAGACAGGAGGGCCUGGCGUGCUCUGGUCCAGGGGGUCACGAAGAGGUGGACAUGACUAAACGACUAAACAACAACACAACAGCAACUGGUGGUUGCUGUCCUUUGCGAUGGGUGGGAGAGAAAUCAGGGAGCCCAACAGUAGUGCCACAUUCAAGCUCAGGCAGAGAGGCAGCUCAUCCUAGUUUCCUCCCCAAUUUAUACAAAUAUGGUGCCAGGGAAUCAAACUGAGAAGGGGGGGGAAAGGCAUACCAAGGACAGAGUUUCUUUAUAAUGGCCAGAUUGUUCUUUUGCUCUAAGUCCUUCAGACGCUGUCCAAUUAGCUUUUUUGCUUUAAUAAACCCCAUAGUGAGAAGCUGAUGUAGGUGGAGUCCGCAGAAGGGGAAUUUUUGGCUGCUCGAAUUCUUAUAGCCAAGAAAUGGAAAACACAAGAAUUACCAACUGUGGAAGAAUGGCAGAUGAAAACGAUGGAAUAUAUGGAGCUCGCUGACCUUACUGGAAGAAUCCGCGACCAAAAAGAAGAGGAAUACCAAGAAGAGUGGAAGAAAUUUAAGGACUAUUUGAAUAAAUACUGUGAUAUCAAAAAUUAGAAAUUCCUUGAAAGUACCAGAUUAGGCCUAGGAUUAAAUUAAGAGUUAAUUAAAUAAAUAAGAUUUAGAACCUAAAGGAAAGUUAAGAAAUUUUAUUUUAAUUGGAAUACUGUGUUUUAAAAAAAUGAUACCAGAAAACUGCUACAUUUUAAUUACAAGGAAAUUCAGAUGGGAGGGUUCACAGGAAGCCCAAAAUAUGUUUAUGAGGUUAGAAGUCUAAAUAAUUAAUUAGUUUGUGUUGUUUAGGUGUUUAGGUACCUUGUUUUUAUUUUCUUUUUUGUUUAUAUUUGUGAUUUGUCUUUUUUCUUUUUCUUUUGUUUUUUCUCUGUUUUUCUUUUGUUGUGAUAUGUGUUAUAUCUGUAAGAAACUUAAUAAAAAAUUUUUUUUUUAAAAAAAAGGAGAGGAAUUUUUGGUGCACAAUUUUAGACCACGCACUUUUAUGGGGGUCUUGUGUCACUAAGGGCAGUAGACCGGGUGGAUUUAGAUUUAGAUGGAGCCAAUAAUUGAGAGUUCUUUGCCAGGACCGAGCUUCUACAAAGGGAAGACUUGCCCCCAGUUGUAAUGUUGCAUUUGGGACACAAGGUGGUCACGGGAAUAGGAUGCUGGACUUACGUUCCUAUAGGUGGUUGGGGAUUGGAACCCAGUUCUCUGCAACCCACGCCUUUCAACCUACAUUGCCUCUGAGCAUCUGCAGAGUGCCUUUUCUCUUUUGCAACUUGCAGGUGCUGGACUGGAUCCAGCCCCCACCUCACGUCCUCAUCUUCUAAGCUGCAACAGCCUGCCUUUAGGCAUUGCUAAAUUGCUUCUCUGCAAGCACAGCCAGUCGCUGGGGCGACGGGGUUUAAAGGAAGAGCCAGAUGAGUAUUUAUUGAUGAGCUGUCUCUAAAAAGGCCGGAGAGCAUCGCUCUGAGAGAUAAUUGCUCCAUUACAAAGCGGCUGCUUUAUAGGCAAAAAGGGUUUCGGGAGAGAGGGAUAUAGAGAGUUUUCUGGAAACUGCUUUGGGCGUGUGAAAGGGGACAGAAUCACAGAGCUGGUAAAAGGUAAAGGGACCCCUGACCAUUAGGUCCAGUCAUGACCGACUCUGGGGUUGCGGCGCUCAUCUCGCUUUAUUGGCUGAGGGAGCCGGCAUACAGCUUCCGGGUCAUGUGGCCAGCAGGACUAAGCCGCUUCUGGCGAACCAGAGCAGUGCACGGAAACGCCGUUUACCUUCCCGCCGGAGCGGUACCUAUUUAUCUACUUGCGCUUUGAGGUGCUUUCGAACUGCUAGGUUGCCAGGAGCAGGGAUCCGAAGGUUGGCGGUUUGAGUCCCCGCGACGGGGUGAGCUCACGUUGCUCUGUCCCAGCUCCUGCCAACCUAGCAGUUCGAAAGCAUGCCAGCGCAAGUAGAUAAAACCACUCCGGCGGGAAGGUAAACGCCGUUUCCGUGCACUCUGGUUUCCAUCACGGUGUUCUGUUGCACCAGAAGCGGUUUAGUCCUGCUGGUCAUACGACCCGGAAAACUAUCUGCGGACAAACGCUGGCUCCCUCGGCCUGAAAGCGAGACGAGCGCCACAACCCCCUAGUCGCCUUUGACUGGACUGAACCGUCCAGGGGUCCUUUACCUUUACUUGUGACGACAGCAAGGAAGCUUCGUUCUACCUGUAGUGACUCCAGUAAAGUAAAGGGACCCCUCACCAUUAGGUCCAGUUGUGGCCGACUCUGGGGUUGCGACGCUCAUCUCGCUUUAUUGGCCGAGGGAGCCGGUGUACAGCUUCCGGGUCAUGUGGCCAGCAGGACUAAGCCGCUUCUGGCGAACAGCGCACGGAAACGCCGUUUACCUUCCCGCUGGAGCAGUACCCAUUUAUCUGCUUGCACUUUGACGUGCUUUCGAACUGCUAGGUUGGCAAGAGCAGGGACCGAGCAACGGGAGCUCACCCCGUCGCGGGGAUUCGAACCGCCAACCUUCUGAUCGGCAAAUCCUAGGCUCUGUGGUUUAACCCACAGCGCCACCCGCGUCCCAAGUGGCUAACAAGCAGUGUUUGACCCCAAGUUGCCUUCUGUUCCUUUUCCUGUCAUCUUGUGACCAAACCCAGGCAGAGAACAACGCCUGCUAACCUGACUGAUUCUCCUCUGUAGGAUCGUCGCUGUGCCGCUGAGCAGAAAAAUGGGACUGAGGGAGAAAGUGCGAAGGAAAGCUCCUCCGAACCCCGUCCUGGAAGCUUUUUACACCACGCAAGGGAAAAGCCCCAAAGAGGUAAGUGGCUGCAGAAGUCUUUGCAACCAGAUUCUACUGGUUCCUAGAAGGAGGGCUGUUUUUCUCCUGCCCGAUUUGCCACUAAACAGCCACUAAACAAAGUGGAAUGUGAAUGUACAACACCAGCACCUCCCCUCCAAAAAAGAGAAACAACAAUAAUAAUAAUAAUAAUAUUUUAUUAUUUAUACCCCGCCCAUCUGGCUGGGUUUCCCCAGCCACUCUGGGCGGCUCCCAACAGAAUAUUAAAAACACAAUAAAACAUUUAAAAACUUCCCUAAACAGGGCUGCCUUCAGAUGUCUUCUAAAAGUCCGAUAGCUGUUUAUUUCCUUGAAAUCUGAUGGGAGGGUGUUCCACAGGGCGGGCACCACUACCGACAAGGCCCUCUGCCUGGUUCCCUGUAACCUCACUUCUUGCAGUGAGGGAACCGCCAGAAGGCCCUCAGAGUUGGACCUCAGUGUCCGGGGUGGAACGAUAUGGGUGGAGAUGCUCCUUCAGGUAUACUGGGCCGUUUAGGGCUUUCAAGGUCAGCACCAACACUUUGAAUUGUGCUCCGAAACAUACUGGGAGCCAAUGGAGGUCUUUCAGGACCAGUGUUAUGUGGUCUCAACGGCCACUCCCAGUCACCAGUCCAGCUGCCGCAUUCUGGAUGAGUUGUAGUUUCUGGUUCACCUUCAAAGGUAGCCCCACGGAAAGUGCAUUGCAGUAGUCCAAGCGGGAGAUAUAACCACAGCAUGCACCACUCUGGCCAGACAAUCUGUGGGCAGGGAGGGUCUUAUCCUGCGUACCAGAUGGAGCUGCCCUGGAUGCAGAAUGGACCUGUGCCUCCAUGGACAGCUGUGAGUCCAAAAUGACUCCCAGGCUGCACAUCUGGUCCUUCAGGGGCACAGUGACCCCAUUCAGGACCAGGGAGCCCCCACACCUGCCCCUUGUCCCCCAAAAACAUAAAUGCAUGCAAUUGUAUCCAGAUCACUUCUUCUACAACUUGCCUGGUUUGCAAUUAGCCAUGUUAAAAAGGUAAAGGGACCCCUGACCAUUAGGUCCAGUCGUGACCGACUCUGGAGUUGCGGCGCUCAUCUCGCUUUAUUAGCCAAGGGAGCCAGCGUACAGCUUCCGGGUCAUGUGGCCAGCAUGACUAAGCCGCUUCUGGCGAACAGCGCACGGAAACGCCGUUUACCUUCGCGCCGGAGCGGUACCUAUUUAUCUACUUGCGCUUUGACGUGCUUUUGAACUGCUAGGUUGGCAGGAGCAGGGACCGAGCAACGGGAGCUCACCCCGUCGCAGGGAUUCAAACCGCCGACCUUCUGAUUGGCAAGUCCUAAGCUCUGUGGUUUAACCCACAGCGCCACCUGCGUCCCUCUAUAUUAGCCAUGUUAGCCAUCUGUAAUAAACCAUCUGUAAUAAAACUUAAAGCAGGGGUGUUGAACCUUUUUGGCCCAGUGGGCCAGAUCGCUGUCUGUAUCCCUGUCGCCCUCCAGGGGCCAACCUUGAUAGGUGGGUGGGAUAACACACCUGUCGCCCACCUGACCGACAGUCCACAAGACACGCCUACCUGCCAAUCACCUGACAUCCAACUUUCAAGAGAUCUGCUCCCACUAUAACAAAACAGGCGGUGAUCUGCCAGAGCUGUUGAGCUUUUUUUAGCAAGCAAAAGUUGUUGAGUUAGUUAGUUUUUUAGACUGGGGGGGUGGGUUUUCCGUGAUCUACUGCAAUCUACCUGUUCCCUGGCCUCUCUUUCAGGGCGAACUCGUCGGUCUGGCCAAACAGUGCGACUUACAGCCCAGGCAGGUGGAGCGAUGGUUCCGAUAUCGCCGUAACCAGGACCGGCCCAGCUUGACCAAGAAGUUCUGCGAAGCCAGGUAAAAAAUAUCAAAACACUCACGCAGUUUAAGAUAUUUCUUUUAUAUAUAUAUAAUUUUAUUAGUUUUUUAACAUAUCAUUUUCAACAUUAAUUAAACAUACUUCUGCACCUUAUACAAUUUUUUGACUUCCAUCAAUCCUGUCUGAAAAUUUUCCAAUCUAAUCUCUUAAUAUACAUUUCUUAAUAUACAUACUUUCCCUAUUACAGUGGUACCUCAAGUUACAUACGCUUCAGGUUACAGACUCCGCUAACCCUGAGAUAGUGCUUCAAGUUAAGAACUUUGCUUCAGGAUGAGAGCAGAAAUCGUGCUCUGGCAGCGCGGCAGCAGCAGGAGGCCCCAUUAGCUAAAGUGGUGCUUCAGGUUAAGAACAGUCUCAGGUUGAGAACGGACCUCCGGAACGAAUUAAGUACUUAACCCGAGGUACCACUGUACAUACUUUCCCUAUUACAUUUAAAUCUCAUAACUAAUAUCUCUAUCCUUUUUCUACUUUGUCAUGUUUCAUAUUUUUCUCCUUACAAAACGUCUUGUAGUCCUACUAUCGUAAUUUGUGGAUGACAAUUGCUCUUCAAAUAAUUCGUAUACUUCUUCCAGUCUUCUGUAAAUCUCUGGUCCCGCAGGUUUCGAAUCCUUCCUGUCAUUUUAUCCAAUUCUGCAUAGCCUAUUAAUUUUAUUUGCCAUUCUUCCUCCGUCGGGAUUUCUUCUUGCUUCCAUUUCUGGGCUGGUUUAAGAUAUUUCACCCAGAAAUUGCAAUGUUUAAGCUUAAAAGGCCUGGAGACUCUAAAACAGGGUUUCCCAAACUCCAGCUGUUUGGGGGACUACAACUCCCAUCAUUCUCAGUUAGCAGGACCAGUGGUCAGGGAUGAUGGGAAUUGUAGUCCAGAAACGGCUGCAGACCCAAAUUUGGGAAACCCUGGACCCUUGGCAUUCACAAUUCUAUUACUCUUUGUCUGCAUUAGUCAGAUUUGUCAGUUCUGAACCAUAAUUUCCUUAAAGCAACAGCUGUUAGAACUGGAAUAAGUGCCAUACCUAUUUUCCUAGCAAUGUCCAAGUGCUUUAUUAUUAUUAUUAUUAUUAUUAUUAUUAUUAUUUGCUUCUUUUGGCCUGAUCCUAUUAUUAUAUAAUAAUAAUAAUAAUAAUAAUAAUAAUAAUAAUAAUAAUAAUAAUAUAUUAUUUAUACCCCGCCCAUCUGGCUGGGUCCCCCAGCCACUCUGGGCGGCUUCCAACAAAACACUAAAAUACAAUAACCUAUUAAACAUAACCUAGGACUUGCCGAUCGCAUGGUUGGCGGUUCGAAUCCCCACGGCGGAGUGAGCUCCCGUCCUUCGGUCCCAGCUCCUGCCCACCUAGCAGUUCGAAAGCACUCUUAAGUGCAAGUAGAUAAAUAGGUACCGCUUUAUAGCGGGAAGGUAAAUGGCGUUUCUGUGCGCUGCGCUGGCUCGCCAGAGCAGCUUCGUCACGCUGGCCACGUGACCCGGAAGUGUCUCCGGACAGCGCUGGCCCCCGGCCUCUUAAGUGAGAUGGGCACAUAACCCUAGAGUCGGACACGACUGGCCCGUACGGGCAGGGGUACCUUUACCUUAUUAAACAUUAAAAGCUUCCCUAAACAGGGCUGCCUUUAGAUGUCUUCUAAUCCUAUAGAGAGAGCUGGACCAUAAAGAAGGCUGAUUGCCGAAGAAUGGAUGCUUUUGAAUUCUGGUGCUGGAGGAGACUCUUGAGAGUCCCAUGGACUGCAAGAAGAUCAAACCUCUCCAUUCUGAAGGAAAUCAGCCCUGAGUGCUCACUGGAAGGACAGAUCCUGAAGCUGAGGCUCCAAGACUUUGGCCACCUCAUGAGAAGAGAAGACUCCCUGGAAAAGACCCUGAUGCUGGGAAAGAUGGAGGGCACAAGAAGAAGGGGAUGACAGAGGACGAGAUGGUGGGACAGUGUUCUGGAAGCUACCAGCAUGAGUUUGAUCAAACUGCGGGAGGCAGUGGAAGACAGGAGUGCCUGGCGUGCUCUGGUCCAGGGGGUCACGAAGAGUCUGACACGACUAAACGACUAAACAACAACAACAACAAUCCUAUAGAAGAAUAGAAUCCUAAUAGAAUCCUAUUAGCAGCACCCAAUAAAUAGAGUGUUGUUGCCUUUAGCAAAAUGAAGUAGAGCUACAUAUUUUGACACAGGUAGGUAGCUGUGUCAGUCUGACGCAGUCAAAAUAUAUUUAAAAAAUUUAAAAAAUUGUCCAGUAGCACCUUAGAGACCAACUAAGUUUAUUCUUAAGGGACGCGGGUGGCGCUGUGGGUUAAACCACAGACCCUAGGAGGUCGGCGGUUUGAAUCCCCGCAAUGGGAUGAGCUCCCAUUGCUCGGUCCCUGCUCCUGCCAACCUAGCAGUUCGAAAGCACGUCAAAGUGCAAGUAGAUAAAUAGGUACCGCUCCGGCGGGAAGGUAAACAGCGUUUCCAUGCGCUGCUCUGGUUUGCCAGAAGCAGCUUAGUCAUGCUGGCCACAUGACCCGGAAGCUGUACGCCGGCUCCCUCAGCCAGUAAAGCGAGAUGAGUGUCGCAACCCCAGAGUCGUCCACGACUGGACCUAAUGGUCAGGGGUCCCUUUACCUGUACCCUUAAGUUUGUUCUCGGUAUAAGCUUUUGUGUGCAUGCACACUUCUUCAGAUACAUAUUUUGACUAAAUGUUCUCCUGAACAGUUUGUGCUGCUGCCGCCUUUGUGUGACCCAAGAUGCCGGAACAUUUUAAUUAUGGUUUAUCUCAUCCGUACCCAAAGUAAAAUUGCUAACGCUGUCCUAGAACAAUCUAUUACCAAUACCCUUUCCUUAAGGGACAUGAUCAUUUGUCGCUUAGGCAAUCGCUUUCAAGUGGACUGCCAAAUGAUAGAAUGCAAGAUUAGGAAAAAUUCCACUCCCCUCCCUUUAAUGUGGGUUUACUUCUAAAGCGGAUAAUUUUACCCUUGGAGUUUUGAUUUCCCAUAGACAUAAUAGGGAUGCGGGUGGUGCUGUGAUCUAAACCACUGAGCCUCUUGGGCUUGCUGAUCAGAAGGUCAGCGUCAAAGUGCAAGUAGAUAAAUAGGUACCGCUCCGGCGGGAAGGUAAACGGCAUUGCCAUGCGCUGCUCCGGUUUGCCAGAAGCGGCUUAGUCCUGGUGGCCACAUGACCCGUAAGUUGGACGCCGGCUCCCUCGGCCAAUAAAGUGAGAUGAGCCUCAACCCCAGAGUCAGUCACAACUGGACCUAAUGGUCAGGGGUCCCUUUACCUUUAGCUUUUAAGACCUUUUUAGAGCUGAUCAGGAUGUUAGUGCCUUCAGGAGUGCCGGAGGACUUAAACAGAAAUGGAAGCAGGAGCAUAAGCAUAAGCACAAAAAUGUUUCCUUACUCAUCUCAGGUGUAGGACAGAUAUCAGUCCGGUGAAUAUGAUCAGUAUUCGCUUUUCAUAGAAUCAUAGAGUUGGAAUAGACCACAAGGGCCAUCGAGUCCAACCCCCUGCCAAGCAGGAAACACCAUCAGAGCACUCCUGACAUAUGGUUGUCAAGCCUCUGCUUAAAGACCUCCAAAGAAGGAGACUCCACCACACUCCUUGGCAGCAAAUUCCACUGUCGAACAGCUCUUACUGUCAGGAAGUUCUUCCUAAUGUUUAGGUGGAAUCUUCUUUCUUGUAGUUUGGAUCCAUUGCUCCGUGUCCGCUUCUCUGGAGCAGCAGAAAACAACCUUUCUCCCUCCUCUAUGUGACAUCCUUUUAUAUAUUUGAACAUGGCUAUCAUAUCACCCCUUAACCUCCUCUUCUCCAGGCUAAACAUGCUAAACAUGCCCAGCUCCCUUAGCCGUUCCUCAUAAGGCAUCGUUUCCAGGCCUUUGACCAUUUUGGUUGACCAUUUUCGAAUCAUACAACUAUAGAGCGGAAUGGACCCCAAGGGCCAUCUAGUCCAACCCCCUGCAAUGCACGGAUCACAUUUCAAGAGUCCAUGACAGAUGGACAUCCAACCUCUGCUUAAAAACCUCUGAGGAAGGAGAGUGCACCACCUCCCGAGGGAGAACGUUCCCGCUGUCAAACUGCUCUUGCUGCCAGAAAGCUCUUCCUGAUGUUGAGUCGGAAUCUCCUCUCUUGCAACUUGAAGCCAUGGGUUCGAGUCCUGCCCGCCGGAGCAGGAGAAAACAAAUUGUUCCACUUGACAGCUCUUGAGAUCGUUUGAAGAUGGCUGUGUGGGACGCGGGUGGCGCUGUGGGUUAAACCACAGAGCCUAGGGCUUGCCAAUCGGAAGGUAAACAGCGUUUCCGUGCCGUGCUCUGGUUUCGCCAGAAGCGGCUUAGUCAUGCUGGCCACAUGACCCGGAAGCUGAACGCCGGCUCCCUCGGCCAGUAAAGCGAGAUGAGCGCCGCAACCCCAGAGUCAUACACGACUGGACUUAAUUGUCAAAGGGACCUUUACCUUUACCUUUAUCAUAUAAUCUAGACUCAGCCCUGUGUGUUGUUUUGCUCAGCCCCUGGUAUCAGACGGUUCGAUCUAAAUUCUCUAAUUGGUUGGUUGUUACAGGGAACGGCGCUCAGAUAAAAGUUAAUCCUUCCUGGUGUUUACUCAGGAUGGAGAUUAGAUGGAGACAGCAGCCAGGUUUUUGCAACACGAGGGUUUGUGAACAUUACGCAACAUUCACAAAAGUAUUAGAUGCAAAUUUUGCUGAGCGGUUUUAUUGCAUUCAGCUCUGCUGCAAUCUUCUCCGUAUGCCAAUAGAGGUUCGAGCAUAGUACACAAAAGCAGAACUUAUUAUCCUCCAUAUUUCCACAUCUGAAUAGAGCACCAAAAUGCAGACGCGGCUGCGUUAUCUAGCAACAUCCUAAAGCCUUAAACAUCUUUUGGUGUCAUGUGCUGUUGACGAAAUCGCAUGCAUCUGAUGGCGUAUAAAAUUUGUUUAAUAAUUAAAUUCAUUAAAUCUAUUAAUUGUGUGUUUAAUUGUACCUAUUUGAUUACAUUUAAAUAUAUUAAUCGUGCCUAUUAAAUAAUAAUAAAUAUACUGCAAGCUCUUUAAUGUGAGAUAUGGACAUUUAAUUCAGUGUACGGUCUCUGGGUUCUAUGUCAAAGCACUUCUUGCAACCCACUUGGUAUAAAAAGUUGGACUGCCAUCAUCAUCAUCAUCAUCAUCAUAAUUUAUUAUUUAUACCCCACCCAUCUGGCUGGGUUUCCCCAGCCACUCUGGGCGGCUUCCAACAAAACACUAAAUGGCAAUAACCUAUUAAACAUUAAAAGCUUCCCUAAACAGAGCUGCCUUCAGAUGUCUUCUAAAAGUUUGGUAGUUAUUUUUCUCUUUGACAUCUGGUGGGAGGGCGUUCCACAGGGUGGGUGCCACUACCAAGAAGGCCCUCUGCCUGGUUCCUUGUAACUUGGCUUCUCGUAGCGAGGGAACCGCCAGAAGGCCCUUGGAGCUGGACCUCAGUGUCCGGGCAGAACGAUGGAGGUGGAGACCCUCCUUCAGGUAUACUGGACCGAGGCCCUCAUUUAUUAUUAUUAUUAUUAUUAUUAUUAUUAUUAUUUAUACCCCACCCAUCUGAAUGGGUUUCCCCAGCCACUCUGGGCAGCUCCCAACAGAAUAUUAAAAAUACCAUCAAACAUCAAACAUUAAAAACGUCUCUAAACAUGAUACGCACUUAGAAAUUUGUACAAUGAAACCAGGGCAGAAUUUAUGUUUGAUGAGGCCCUGAGCUACUGAAGGUAAUAGGGCCCUUUAUAUGUCAACGACAAAUUGCCGCUGUUUUUUGUGUCGAUUAUAUGCUAUAUGGUAAUUGAUGGACCUAAUAGGUAUCUCAAGCCAUUUGCCACUGUUGCUGUAUGUAGGUUUUAUUUUAUUUGUUUUUCAUCUUAUAUUUUGGAAAUCUACAUCCAGGUUGGUUUUUUUCCUUUAAAUUUUUUGGGAGGCCCCCAAGAGAGUGGGGCCCUAAGCUAUAGCUUGUUUAUACGUAAAUCCGGCACUGAAUAAGACAAAAUGUGUAUCUGAAUUAGGAAUGUGGGUGAAACUCAAUUCAGUGUGCGUUCUAAGCCAAACCUUUUUUAAUAUGCACAAUUUAUGGACUUGAAACACUGUCGUCUUUCCAAAAUUCACACUUCCCAGAAUUUUUGCAGCUUCAGAUCUCCAGUCACGUAACCUGCACAAAAGUAAUUCUACUAGGAAGCAGUGUGCAUAACAACGACAACAACAAAAUCCCACAUAUUAGCCAAGUUAGCAUAUAAAAAAUGUGCCCUGAUAGACUAAACCGCUUUGCGGAAUAUUGGGAGAACUCAAGUUGUAUUGUUGUAAACAAAAAUUGCCCUUUUCCCUUAUGGGGUAUCCAAGAGCCCAUAUAGAGUCCUUACAUAGGUUCCGUAUUGGUAGGAGAGAAUAACAGAGGCCAACCAGAGAAUAUUGAGAAGCAAAGCAGCUAGUAAGCCUGAUCUUUAUUAAAGCUGUUGCAACAGGGUGGUCCCCUCACCCGCACGAGAAGGAGGAGGAAGGACCCAGAAAAAAUGGUGUGCAAGGCCUUAUAAAGACUUUUGAAAUUGCCACCCUGUAGAUCAAGACCACCCCCAGAAACAUCAUACAUACAUCACAGAAGGGGUGUAACCUAAGACCACCCCUCAGAUACAUCACACCUACAUCACAGAAAAGGCGGUCUAAAACAGAAAUUUGAAUAUUGUUUACUCCUGUUGUUGUUUAUCUCCUGUCUGGCAGGUUACUUGAUUGGAUUGCCUGGGGAGCCUGGCCAUUCUUUUGUAGUGAUAAAUAUUUAGUUCCUGGGUCAUGUCACAGGCUCACACCCUAUUCAAACAGACAUACCCUUAAGACAGGAUUUGUGAAGGAAAAGACAAUGGGGAGGCUUUUCCACUUUGACCUUGCAGAGAAAGCAUUUGAUCAGUUUGGGAAUUAAAAUGGUUCCAGGUCGGUCUUCCUGUGCUGAUCUAUGUACGUGCUUGGUUGGUACACUUAUGAACAUUACCAUAUAUCUAAGACCAUAAAAUUCCUAUCACAGUAUCCAGUGAAGGGAAUCAGUUACCCACUAGGGGAGAAUGGUUAUGUAAGCUUUCAGAAUAUUUAGAAUUAGCCAAAUUGACAGAUAUAAGAAGACGAAAACCAAAAAGUGAAGUGAAAAAGGAAUGGGAGUGCCUAAAUGAAUACCUUAAAAGCCAAGGUUCGAGGACAGAAAUCUGGCUGAGUCUGGAAUAACCUUGUGAAGUGAAAGGAUAAGAAAGAGGGAUUUAUACCUAGAUGCUAGGAUAGAGAUGAUAAGGAAAACAGGAAAACAGGAUGAUACAAUAAAGGAGGUGCUGUGGGAUUGGUGGAAGUCAAUGUUUGUUUUUCUUUUUAGGCGUUUAUAUUAUUAACUUGUAAGAUAUGGAUUUGUUUGGUUUUUUGGUAUGCUGGCUUUUGUGUUUCGUGUAUUGUUAUUUUUUGAUAUUUUCCGUGUGUGGAAAAUACUAAUAAAAUUUAUUAUUUCUUAAAACAAACAAACAAGUUGUAUCCAUUGGACUCUUGUUUGCUGUUCGUCUGACUUAGUCCUUCUCCCAAGUCAUGAAUUCACAGAUCUGCCCUGAUUUUUCUUAUUCUCUUCCAGCUGGAGGUGCACGUUUUACUACACGUCCUUUUGCACCGGUUUGGCAGUCCUUCACGACGUGAGUUGCAACAACAACACUUUAUAAUAAUAGUUUAUUAUUUAUACCCCGCCCAUCUGGCUGAGUCUCCCCAGCCACUCUGGGCGGCUCCCAAUUGAGUGUUAAAAACAAUACAGCAUUAAAUAUUAAAAACUUCUCUAAACAGGGCUGCCUUCAGAUGUCUUUUAAAGAUAAGAUAGCUACUUAUUUCCUUCACAUCUGAAGGGAAACUUUUCAGUUUUGUAGCUCCUUAUCCAAAAGGCAGGCUGCCACCCCUUUUCCUAUGGGGCAUAUGGGACAAUAGAGAAAUGUGCAAUUAUUCUUACAGAUUUUUGUCUCCUUGCAGAAACCCUGGUUCUGGGACCACCGCGAGUGUUGGGUCAGGUAUCCACAACAGGUAAGCAGCCGAGAAGCUUCCGAGAACCUUAUUGAAUUAAUCAGAAUAGGAAAGAUCUCUACACAUCAGAUCAAUACUUUCUGCACUAAGAAUCUGCUGCAAGAUUGUCGCACGAGCGCCUGGGCUAAAGUUGUCUCUCAGACACUUCACUCUUGUGGUUUAUCCCCACAACAGCUACCAUACUCACUUUGGUAAAGCAAAUGGUCCAAUUUGUCAGCGCCUAAAUGAUAAUCGAGCGUCAGAACAACUGGGCCACGAUAAGGAAAUUUUGCCCGUCGUACGACUAUUUUCCACCUUCCCAUUUCGACUCUCCGGCACCCUCUCUGCAUAACCUAGCAAUUCUAAAACAUAGACGGGAUUUUACUCUCACAAGAUUGAAUGUCUUGCCCUCGGCUGGACUUUGAGAGACGAUUCCAACAGAUUCCAGACGGAAAACGUUUAUGUCCCUGUGGUGAUGGCAGUACCAAAUUGGUGGCGCAUGCUUGCAUUCUUUAUAAAGACUUGAGGAAUGAGAUUAUCACCCCUCUUUUAUCGUCCAUUCCGGGUCGCCCAACCACUGCCACAGUGUCCUUUCUCUUGGCAGAUCAAGAUGAGCAGGCGACAGCAAAGGUGGCAAGGUUUUUAGCUGGGGCAAUCAGAAUAAGAUCCACUAUUUGACUAUUGAUUCAAAACCCUAAAAUGCGUUUUAUAUAAUUGACUUUUUAUUUCUAUUCUUUGUUUAUCGUCGUGUUGCUUUGCAGGGGUGCCCAAACUUUUUUCAAAGAGGGGCAGAUUUGAUGACGUAAACAUGCAUGAGGGUCAACCAAAGUUGUUGAAGUUUCAGGAUUGAAGUUGUUGAGUUUUUUUUAGGGUUGAAGGCCGAAUUAGGCCCCCAAAACAGUCUUUGGACAUGCCUGCUUUAUUGCUAUGGCUGACACAGGUAAUAAUAAAAAUAAAAAUAAAUUUAUACCCCGCCCAUCUGGCUGGGUUUCCCCAGCCACACUGGGCAGCUUCCAAACGAAUAUUAAAAACAAUACAGCGUCUUGUUUCAUUCAUUUCCGCGCUACUAUUUUAAUAUUGUAAUUUAAUCUUGUUUUUAAGUUGUAUUCAUUCAACUUGUUUUUAUUAUUGCUUGUGAGCUGCCCUGAGCCCGGCCUUGGCUGGGGAGAGGGGGGUAUAAAUAAAAAUUAUUAUUAUUAUUAUUAUUAUUAUUACUAAGAAAUGCUAACGGACUGAGAUUCCGGACCAGGCCCAAGGGCAGCCCCACGCAAAGCCCACGACGGUAAUCUAGCCUUGAGAUGCGUUUUCAGAUUUAUCAGAAUAACGUUCCUUCUCUCUCUCCUUCCUACGCCUCUUGUUUCUGGCCCCGCAGCCUCUUCUCCCCUCCAUCUUCAGCUACUACAUGUUGGAACUCUCGUUCUAUUGCUCGCUGGUUUUCACGCUGCCUUUUGACAUCAAGCGAAAGGUAAGUAGAAGCAUCCUGCAGCCAGUCAGAAUCCGCGCCUUGGUUUCCGAACGUUUUGGAAGUCGAACGGAGUUCCGGAACGGAUUCCGUUUGAGGUACCACUAUACAGUGGUACCUCGGGUUACAUACGCUUCAGGUUACAUACGCUUCAGGUUACAGACUCCGCUAACCCAGAAAUAGUACUUCGGGUUAAGAACUUUGCUUCAGCAUGAGAACAGAAAUUGCGCGGCGGCAGCAGGAGGCCCCAUUAGCUAAAGUGGUGCUUCAGGUUAAGAACAGUUUCAGGUUAAGAACGGACCUCCAGAACGAAUUAAGUACAGUGGUACCUCGGGUUAAGUACAGUGGUACCUCAGCCGUUCUGUUAUGCACUGAAGUUCUCACCCUGGGCCAGCAGGGGGAUACUGUAGAUAGUUAUGCAAAUAAGGGAUCAAAAGUGACGUUCAAUGAUUGGAUAGUUUUAGAAAAUUGUUACAGUUACGUUGUACUGGAGCUCUAUAUAAGCAGGCUGACUGAACCCUUCAGUUCAGUUCUGUUCUGGCCUCUGAAUAAACAAGAGCUGUUUGAAGAAUCGCUGUGUCGUCUGAUAUGUUCACCCACAACUUAACACGGUCCAUUGCUGUUUCCUCUUCCCCCGCCACUACAGGACUUCAGCGAGCAAAUUGUCCACCAUGCAGCCACGAUUUUCCUCAUCAGCUUCUCCUACUGUGCCAACUACAUCCGUAUUGGUACCCUUGUCAUGGUCAUCCACGAUGCGUCCGAUUGCUUCCUGGAGGUAAGCGACACCCGUGCCCCAGAAGGGGGAAAACCCAGAGGGGCUGACCUAGCCCAUAGCUGUCAACUUACAGAUUUGAAAAUAAGGGACCAGCAGCCUUGAAAAUAAGGGAUCAGCAGCCAAAAUAAGGGAUUUUCCAAGCACAGGUAUGUUCGACUUCUGAGCCCCUCCGAGCCAAAGGCAGAAAGCCCAGCCAGCAGCCAAACGAAGCCUCAAGCGGUGGUUCCCACAGCGCAGCAACCCGGCAAAGGGGAUGCAGCAAGGAAAACCACCGUCAUCUCUCCGCUGGGAAGCGCUGAGCAAAGGCGAGUCCCCAGGCAACGCGGCCGAUUUGAUUGGCACAAGGCAUGCAAGCUCCACCCCCCAGUCGUUCUUAGACUCCUUAUUGGGUGAGCAACGCAGCCAAGCAACACAGUUGGAGCCUCCCUCCUCCCUGGCCGGCAGGGAGGGAGGGAGAGGAGCUGCUUCCUUUGAAACCUGGGAAAUUUAAGGGACAUCAUCAAUAAGGGACAGCAGCGGGACACGGCGCUGGGAUAAGGGACUUUCCCGCCAAAUAAGGGAUGGUUGACAGCUAUGCCACUGUGGGAAGAGAGUAAUGCCUGCAGAGGCUUUGCAGGGAAGUUAUGCGCCUCGUGUGAGCAGCCUGCGUGCGCUGGGCAGGCCUCUUGACUCUGCCAAUCCCAGAAGGGCAGAGUCGGCUGGCUGCCUCAGUGCCCGCAGCAUAAAAGCCUGUGGCGCUCCGACGAGCUCUGCUUCACUCGGCUGUCGGCUGGUCUGGCUCUUCAAUCCCCUGACUCCAAAUCUCAGCUCUGGACUCUCGGCCUGGCGCCCCUGAGAGCCUGCCGCCUGGGUGACCCGCACCCCUAGCACCUAUGGCUAAGCCAGCCCUGGAUGCAUCCUCUCAUGUGAAUUUGCCCAAUACCUAGAUGUGGAUGCUGAACUCCAGCUCCCUGUAUCGGCCCCACUCCCAAUGGAAAUUGAUUUCAAUCCCUAUGGACUUCCACCCUUUCACACCAUAGAUGAGCGUGCCAGCCAAAAAUAUUAUCAUGACCUUCUAGGUCUAAUAUAUGUGAAUUCUCUAAUGUCAUCCAUUCCUUCAACCAACAAAGACGGGAUGCCUCAUAAUAUAAUCUCAUAUCUGGCAAGGGGGAAAAACCUCUUUCUUUUGCAUCUAUCAAUAUUUUAUUCUCGGGUUUUUUCCCCUUGCCAGAUAUAUUUAGAAAUAUCUUUUUGCCAUACCUUGACACAAUCUGGCUUUCUGGGGAAUGUGUGACAGGUAUCUGAGGGCACCCUGACAUUUUAUAACAAGGUGAGUGGCAGACCGCCCCAUCAAUCACAACCAGUCCAAGCACCCUGUCUGGUUAUGCCAACUUGAGGGGGCAGAUUCUUCCUCUUCCAUAGACUCACAGUUGCCCUUUGCAGAACUCAGCAGGGAAGAGCAGGAGGGCGCAAUAUGAGAAUCAGUGGCUCUGGUGUCACCUACUGUUGGGACGCAGGUGGCGCUGUGGUCUAAACCACGGAGCCUCUUGGGCUUGCCGAUCCGAAGGUCGGUGGUUCGAAUCCCCGUGAUGGAGCGAGCUCCCGUUGCUCUGUCCCAGCUCCUGCCAACCUAGCAGUCCAAAAGCACACCAGCGCAAGUAGAUAAAUAGGUACCACUCUGGCGGGAAGGUAAACAGCAUUUCCAUGCGUUCUGGUUUCCGUCACAGUGUCCCGUUGCACCAGAAGCGGUUUAGUCCUGCUGGCCACAUGACCCGGAAAGCUGUCUGUGGACAAACACCAGCUCCCUCAGCCUGAAAGAGAGAUGAGCGCCGCAACCCCAUAAUCGCCUUUCACUGGACUUAACCAUCCAGGGGUCCUUUACCUUUUUUUUUACCUUUACCUGUGGGGCUCCCUGGUUUCCCCCCUUCCCAAAGGACACAAGCCACCACUGCAGUUCACUGUGAUCUUUGGAGUUUGUACUGAAAACUCAGAGAAACUUUGCAGUCCGGUCACAAGCUGAAUAGUAGUUGCAAAGGAAACCUCAUUUGUGUCCCUCUGUCGUUUUCCUCUCCCCGUCUCCCCCCACCCCCCUUCUCCAGCCCACGAAGAUAUUCAACUAUCUGAAAUGGCGUCGUGUAUGUGACAUCCUUUUCCUCACUUUCUCUGCUGUUUUCCUUUUCACCCGCCUGGUUAUUUUCCCCUACAAGUAAGUAAGACACCUUCAUAUAUCUCAAGGGCUAGAAAAUGGAGAAAUCUCGGUUUUCCCCCUGCUCCGGUGGGUGGGACCUGUCUGUUGUUGCUUCGUUGUUGUUUUUUUGCACGCCGCUUAGAGAGAUUUUUGAUAUAUAUUAAGCAGUACAGAAAGGGCCGCGGGUGGCGCUGUGGGUUAAACCACUGAGCCUUGGGCUUGCUGAUCAGAAGGUCGGCGGUUCGAAUCCCCGCAAUGACGGGGUGAGCUCCCGUUGCUCGGUCCCUGCUCCUGCCAACCUAGCAGUUCGAAAGCACAUCAAAGUGCAAGUAGAUAAAUAGGUACCGCUCCGGCGGGAAGGUAAACGGCGUUUCCGUGCGCUGCUCUGGUUCACCAGAAGCGGCUUAGUCAUGCUGGCCACACGACCCGGAAGCUGUACGCCGGCUCCCUCUGCCAAUAAAGCGAGAUGAGCGCCAGAACCGCAGAGUCGGCCACAACUGGACCUAAUGGGCAGGGGUCCCUUUACCUUUACUAAGCAGUAUAGAAAUCAACGAAUCAUUCGAAUAAUCUCUAUUGACAAGCUGAAACAUGUGCAGAGCACAACCAGGCCUCUAGAAACUAAGCCUUAUGAGGAAUGGUUGAGGAAGUUGCGUACUUUUAGCUCAAGGAAGAUGCGAUUGAGAUAUUAUAUGUGAUAGGGUCUGAAGGGCUGUUCUAUGGGAGAUGGAGCAAUUUCGUUUUCUCUGAAGGGUAGGACCUGAAGCAAUCUAUUUAUGUUAUACAGUGGUACCUUGGUUCUCAAACUUAAUCCAUUCCGGACGUCCGUUCCAAAACCAAAGCGUUCCAAAACCAAGGCACGCUUUCCCAUAGAAAGUAAUGCAAAACGGAUUAAUCCAUUCCAGACUUUUAAAAACAACCCCUAAAACAGCAAUCAAACAUGAAUUUUACUACCGAACGAGACCAUUGAUCCACAAAAUGAAAGCAAUUAACACUGUACUGCAGUCGCACAAUCCAUCCAUCAGUAGCUGGACUGGGUUCCACACAGUCACAAAAACAAAAAGAGCCACAAAAAUGCCAAAUACACAGCAAAAACAGACAGACCUCAGCGUAACACUCAAAUCAAAAAUGUAACACUCAAAACAGAGCACGUUCAGCUUCCGAAAAAUGUUCGCAAACCCGAACACUUACUUCCAUUCUGGGAUCAAAUCAGAAACCGGGACAGCUUCUGUAAAUCUAGGAAAUGUCCCCAAAAAAUAGGGACAUUUAGAAGGCAUGCCUUGGACUUAGACCAGGGGUAGGCAAACUAAGGCCCGGGGCCCGGAUCCGGCCCAAUCGCCUUCUCAAUCCGGCCCACAGACAGUCCGGGUAUCAGCGUGUUUUUACAAGAGUAGAAUGUGUCCUUUUAUUUAAAAUGCAUCUCUGGGUUAUUUGUGGGGCAUAGGAAUUCGUUCAUUAUUUUUUCUUCAAAAUAUAGUCUGGCCCCUCACAAGGUCUGAGGGACAGUGGACUGGCCCACGGCUGAAAACGUUUGCUGACCCCUGACUUAGACAAUCAAUAUGCACAUUUUUACGACUCGCUUGUGGUGGAAAUUUCUUUUAAACUGUAUUGUUGUUUUUUAACUGAUGUCAGACUAAAGGAAGGGCCGCUGAAUGCUAUUUUUGUUAUUAUCCCCUUCCUCGCAGGGUCAUCUACAACACGUAUUACUACUCAAUGGAACUCUACCAGCCAUUCUUCGGCUAUUACUUCAUGAACGCCCUUCUGAUGAUUCUCCAACUUCUCCACGUUUUCUGGUCUUUCUUAAUCAUCCACAUGGUCUACAAGUUUGUCAAAAGUGGCACGGUAGGGACCGAAAUCGGGUGAGGGUCGGUGGGCGGGUUUUAAUGGACUUUUAGAAGACAUCUGAAGGCAGCCCUGUUUAGGGGCGCUUUUAAUGUUUAAUAGGUUGUUGUAUUUUAAUAUUCUGUUGGAAGCCGCCCAGAAGACUUUUAGAUGUCUUCUAAAAGUCUGGUAGUUGUUUUUGUCCUUGACAUCUGGUGGGAGGGCGUUCCACAGGGCAGGUGCCACCACUGAGAAGGCCCUCUGCCUGGUUCCCUGUAGCUUUGCUUCUCGCAGUGAGGGAACCGCCAGAAGGCCCUCAGAGCUGGACCUCAGUGUCCGGGCAGAACGAUGGGGGUGGAGAUACUCCUUCAGGUAUACUGGGCCGAGGCCAUUUAGGACUUUCAAGGUCAGCACCAACACUUUGAAUUGUGCUUGGAAACGUACUGGGAGCCAGUGUAGGUCUAGCAGACUGGUGUUAUGUGGUCUCGGCAGCCGCUCCCAGUCCCCAGUCUAGCUGCCGCAUUCUGGAUUAGUUGUAGUUUCUGGGUCACCUUCAAAGGUAGCCCCACAUAGAGUGCAUUGCAGUAGCCCAAGCGAGAGAUAACCAGAGCCUGUCUCUUUGACAUCUGGUGGGAGGGUGUUCCAAGGGCAGGUGCCACCACCGAGAAGGCCCUCUGCCUGGUUCCCUGUAACCUGGCUUCUUGCAGCGAGGGAACCGCCAGAAGGGCCUCAAAGCUGGACCUCAGCGUCCCGGUAGAACGAUGGCGGUGGAGACGAUCCUGACAAUGGGAGAUUUCUUUGGUGCCUUUGCUGCCUAAAGCACGGGCUGAUUUUGUUCAAUGGUUCAUCCAGCCCCAGUCAAGGAAUACCCUUUGUCAGCGCUCCAAAUCAAACCACACAAGUAGGGGAGAGGAGAAGGGGCAACCACUGCCGUUGACCAAAGCUGUUUCUCUCCCGGCAGAUGGAGAAGGAUCUCCGGAGCGACUCGGACGAAAGCGAGAAGGGCGACGACGAGGCAGCGCAGGUGAAAGAAGCCAAGAGGAAUGGCGCCAUCCACUCAGAGCCCAGUGGCAGCUGCAUCAGCAAGGAGCCCCCGCUGCAACUGAACGGCCGGAGCCCCGCUGCCAACGGGGACGCCAAAACCAGAUAA